AUGACGUCCAGAUUUGGUAAAACCUACAGCCGUAAGGGAGGCGACGGCUCAUCAUCCAAGUUUGACGAGGUCCUGUCCAACAAGAGAGCCACGCUCAGUACCAAAUGGGGCGAGACGACAUACAAGGCCAAGGUGAGUUCCAAGCGCCCCGGCCAGAAGACUGAGGUGGCAGAGCAGCCCAAGAGGCCCAAACUCUCCAACGAGAGCUCAGAGGACCCCUUUGGGUUUGACAGCGAUGAGGAGUCCAAGACGGUCACCUCUCGCGUCCCACAGACAAAGGCCUCCCCAGUCAAGCCGGCAUCCACAGAGCUGACCCUGGCAGGGAGGCCAGGAUUCUCCCUGGAGUCCAGCAGCAGAACCAGCCUUGCUCCCAGUAGAGCAACCUCUAGUCUGGGGAUUGACAGAACCCAACUGAGGGUCACCGAGGACACAGCCAGGUUCUUCAACACAACCCCCACAACAGGUAGGAGGACACUCAUGUUGCAAAGUAGGACUAAUAAUACAUUUUAGAAUGUUAGAUGGAGCCAGAAGACCUUGGCUUCCAGAGGGUGUAGGGUCGAAGGGAUCUGAAUAUUGUGCAUCCAUAGAAUUUUCCUCUGCCUUGCAAUUUGGCUGUUUUCAUUUGUUAGAGAUUCUCCGGUACUUUUGACUUUUUAGCCAGUACUGAAAGUAGCGCUCACGAGCCAAAAGUGGUCCCCGAAAAUUGCGUAUUACGUCACAUACAGUACCAGUGAAAAGUUUGGACGCACCUACUCAUUCAAGGGUUUUUCAUUAUUUUUACUAUUUUCUACAUUGUAGAAUAAUAGUGAAGAAUUCAAAACUAUGAAAUAACACAUAUGGAAUCAUGUAGUAACCAAAAAAGUGUUAAACAAAUCAAAAUAUAUUUUAGAUUCUUCAAAGUAGCCACCCUUUGACUUGAUGACAGCUUUGCACACUCUUGGCAUUCUCUCAACCAGCUUCAUGAGGAAUGCUUUUCCAGCAGUCUUAGAGUUCCCACAUAUGCUGAGCACUUGUUGGCUGCUUUUCCUUCUCUCUGCGGUCCAACUCAUCCCAAACCAUCUCAAUUGGGUUGAGGUCAGGUGAUUGUGGAGGCCAGGUCCUCUGAUGCAGCACUGAGCACUCUCCUUGGUCAAAUAUCCCUUACACAGCCUGGAGGUGUGUUUUGGGUCAUUGUCCUGUUGAAAAACAAAUGAUAGUCCCACUAAUCGCAAACCAGAUUGGAUGGCGUAUCGCUGCAUAAUGCUGUGGUAGCCAUGCUGGUUAAAUAUGCCUUGAAUUCUAAAUCAAUCACAGACAGUGUCACCAGCAAAGCACCAUCACACCACCUCCUCCAUGCUUCACGGUGUGAACCACACAUGCUGAGAUCAUCCGUUCAUCUACUCUGUGUCUCACAAAGACACGCACUUGAAGAAUGUAAAGAAACUUUCAAAGUUCUUGAAAUUUUCCGCAUUGACUGACCUUCAUGCCUUAAAGUAAUGAUGGACUGUCGUUUCUCUUUGCUUAUUUGAGCUGUUCUUGCCAUAAUUUGGACUUGGUCUUUUACCAAAUAGGGCUAUCUUCUGUAUACCACACCUACCUUGUCACAACACAACUGAUUGGCUCAAAUGCAUUAAGUAGGAAAGAAAUUCCACAAAUGAACUUUUAAGAAGGCACACCUGUUAAUUGAAAUGGAUUCCAGGUGACUACCUCAUGAAGCUGGUUGAGAGAAUGCCAAGAGUGUGCAAAGCUGUUAUCAAGGCAAAGGGUGGCUACUUUGAAGAAUCUCAAAUAAAACAAAUAUUUUGAUUUGUUUAACACUUUUUGGUUACUACAUAAUUCCAUGUGUUAUUUCAUAGUUUUGAUGCCUUCACUAUUAUUCUACAAUGUAGAAAAUAGUAAAAAUAAAGAAAAAUCCUGGAAUGAGUAGGUGUGUCCAAGCUUUUGACUGGUACUCUAUGUGCGCCACGUCAUUGCUCUCUCACCCGCUGCCGUGUGCAUCUUGCUAGCUGUCACUCAAAUGGCGAGGGGCUGAAGUUCAUUGGCAAGAACCUCAAAUUGCUACGAGGGGGAAAAUGGCACAGCACAGCUUCCAGAAAAAGUAUCUUUCAAACUAGAGAUUUUGUGGCUAAUUGAGAUAAGACAGUAAUUCUGUUCACAUAUUAUGCAUGUAUGAACUACACAUUGACACAUCCAGGCCAAAGCGGGAAGUUUAAAAAUACUUAGUUGUUGCCAAAGUACUGGAGCAUGUCUUUAAGAUAAAAUGUUGUGCCAAGUCAGCCAUCCUUAGUUACAAUUAUUGAAACAGAUGUAUUUCUUCUAAUUAAUUUAAUGUAAAUUAAUAUAAGGUAGUUAUAGGUACUAAAUAUUGAUUGUCCUUAGACUUAGUGAGCCAAUCCUGAGCAUUAAAGAAGACCGUUCUUCUAAUGAGAUUACAAAAGAAUAUGCACAAUUAUUCAGUUAGGAUGCACUUGCAUAUGUCAUCCACCCAUCUGAUUUAGCCAUCGGAUUGGUAGCUGACCUCAUGAUUCAGACGAGUGGCCAUUUUAAUGCAACUCCCUGCCUUGCGGCAGUUUACCACUUUCCAAACACUGUUAGCUUUUGACUUUGGAAAACAGUCAGCCUGGCAGGCUCUCGUGGAUUACAACCCAAAGCACGUCUUCUUUAUGUUGAUGCUCUUCUGUAAUAUGAAACCAGUCCACUUGACAGGUGUAGCCUCGUUUUAGGAGGCCGGCUCCUCUGUGGCAGGUGGUUAUGAUUGUAUUCAGCAUUGCUAAAGGCGCCCGCAUAUUAGGUUAUUUGCUCCUAGCCGAUCUCGGCUAGGUGAAGCAAACGUCUGUGCCUCGCAUACUCCCUAAAUACUUUUCCCUUGAGAAACGAAAGAAGCUGCAAUAUUGCUGUUUGUCCCUCUUGAGCAACCGUAGCAACAACAUAGCCAGAAACACUUCCUCAAAAUUAAUCCAAGAUAAAUCAAGAAAUCUGUAAUUAAUUUGUACGUUUUUGCAGAGGUCUUAGUCGUGCAAUUUGACAUCUACCUAAGAUGUUUGAGGAAAAAAAAAAAGUGUGCACUCACUAACUGUAAGUCGCUCUGGAUAAGAGCGUCUGCUAAAUGACGUAAAUGUAAUGUAAAUGUUUGGUACAGUAUUUCUCAAGUGAAAAAAUGAAGAAUCCCAUCCAUAGUUUCCACUCCUACUAGGCGUAGUAGUACUGUUGACCAAUCACAGACGAAGGGGCGUAGACUUCGGCUACCGAACUUCGAGAUAAACCCUGCUAAACACCAUCAGACAAAAACGUCAAAUUUCGUUGUAAUAUAUGCGCGAACUGUUUCGGCUUUGAAGCAUGCGACAGGCUUAAGUAAGACAUGCUGAGUGUAAUUUACUGCAUCAAGGCAGCAACUUGUUGCUCUAGUUACGGGCCCGUUUCAAUGCAAUGCUGCUUGCUGGUGUGUGCCCUUGUCCACCACAAAACAGUAUCGCAUCAUUUUACAUCCCUGCAUAUUGCUGUAUGCCCUACAGUUAACUCCCCAAAUAAUGGAAACCCUUCAGUAAAUAAGGGAUCCAAAGUACACUACCAGUCAAGUUUGGACACCUACUCAUUCAAAAAAGUGUUAAACAAAUCAAAAUAUAUUUUAUAAUUGAGAUUCUUCAAAUAGCCACCCUUUGCGUUGAUGACAGCUUUGCACACUCUUGGCAUUCUCUCAACCAGCUUCAUGAGGUAGUCACCUGGAAUGCAUUUCAAUUAACAGGUGUGCCUUCUUAAAAGUGAAUUUGUGGAAUUUCUUUCCUUCUUAAUGCGUUUUAGCUAAUCCGUUGUGUUGUGACAAGGUAGGGUUGGUAUACAGAAGAUAUCCCUAUUUGGUAAAAGACCAAGUCCAUAUUAUGGCAAGAACAGCUCAAAUAAGCAAAGAGAAACGACAGUCCAUCAUUACUUUAAGACAUGAAGGUCAGUCAAUCCGGAAAUUUUCAGAAAUGUUGAAAGUUUCUUCUAGUACAGUCGCAAAAACCAUCAAGCGCUAUGAUGAAACUGGCUCUCAUAAGGAACGCCACAGGAAUGGAAGACCCAGAGUUAACUCUGCUGCAGAGGUUAAGCUCAAUAGUUACCAGCCUCAGAAAUUGCAGCCAAAAUAAAUGCUUCACAGAGUUCAAGUAACAGACACAUCUCAACAUCAACUGUUCAAAGGAGACUGUGUGAAUCAGGCCUUCAUGGUUGAAUUGCUGCAAAGAAACCACUACUAAAGGACACCAAUAAGAAGAGACCUGCUUGUGCCAAGAAACACGAGCAAUGGACAUUAGACCGGUGAAAAUGUGUUCUUUGGUCUGGAGUCCAAAUUUGAGAUUUUUGGUUCCAACCGCUGUGUCUUUGUGAGACGCGGUGUGGGUGAACGGAUUAUCUCCGCAUGUGUAUUUCCCACCAUAAAGCAUGGAGGAGGAGGUGUUAUGGUGUGGGGUGCUUUGCUGGUGACACUGUCUGUAAUUGAUUUAGAAUUCAAGGCACACUUAACCAGCAUGGCUACCACAGCAUUCUCCAGCAAUACGCCAUCACAUCUGGUUUGGGCUUAGUGGGACAAUCAUUUGUUUUCAACAGGACAAUGACCCAAUACACUUCAAGGCUGUGUAAGGGCUAUUUUACCAAGAAGGAGAGUGAUGGAAUGCUUCAUCAGAUGACCUGGCCUCCACAAUCCCCCGACCUCAACCCAAUUGAGAUGGUUAGGGAUGAGUCGUACAGCAGAGUGAAGGAAAAGCAGCCAACAAGUGCUCAGCAUAUGUGGGAACUCCUUCAAGGCUGUUGGAAAAGCAUUCCAGGUGAAGCUGGUUGAGAGAAUGCCAAGAGUGUGCAAAGCUGUCGUGAAGGUAAAGGGUGGCUAUUUGAAAAAUCUCAAAUAUAUUUUGAUUUGUUUAACACUUUUUUGGUAUCUACAUGACUCCAUAUGUGUUAUUUCAUUGUUUUGAUGUCUUCACUAUUAUUCUACAAUGUAGAAAAUAGUAAAAAUAAAGAAAAACCGUUGAAUGAGUAGGUGUGUCCAAACUUUUGACUGGUACUGUAUAUUGAAAGCGGGUGCUUCCACACAGGUGGGUGAUUCUCAUGAAACCAGUUUUUAAAAUGUCCUUGUCAAAUUGAGUUACAAAACCAUGAUGAAUCUGCAAAAAUCAACUGUCAUUCUGAGGACUUAGACAUUUUACACCUGAAUGUUGUAUAUUUUCACCCCAAAUUCUCAUUACAGAAAUGCGUCCAGAUAAAAUCUUCUGGUCAUUUUUAUUAAAAAAAAAAAUAUUCAGCAAAACAACUUUUGAAUUAAACACCAAAUAUGUUACUGUAGUUUGUCCAUAAAUCAUAAAAAUAGUAUACUAGUUGAAGUUUACAUUAAACUAUAAUAUUAAUUACUUGGUGUUUGUGGACGUUCACGUUCCUGUAAAACUCCAGUCAGUUUUUAAAAAUAGGUUUAUUCACCCAUGAUGCGUAAUGUAGAGGAUGAUGUUACGUUAAUUUAUUCGCUUAUAUGCCUUCAGAAUGAGGUUCUUCGUUCUCCAACACUCCCUUUACACCACUUGGCCAUCUCAUUACGACAUGGCUAAAGAGCUCAAAUUGGGGGAAAAGUCACUGUUUUAUUUUAUAAUUUCAUUUUAUAUUUAAAUUUUCAGUGUUAUGUUUAACUCAGGCCUUUUCAUUAGGGGAUCAAUGUUAAAAAAUAUAAAUAAUGAUUUGUUUAUUACUUUUUUUGACUUUGAAAACUGUUACUUUGUAAUGAGCAUUUUGUGAAUGUUGGUAAAAUGCAUAAUAUCUGAUUUUAAAAAACAACUUUAGAAAAAUUUAUUAUAUAGAAAAGUAUAGAUUCUUAUCUCAGUGAAAAAUGACACUUGAGAAAAAUAUUUUGGGGGACAGUUUUGUGAGAAUGACCCAGGUGUGGUUUCUGUGUUGAUUAAGCAAUUAACAUCCCAUCAUGCUUAGGGGUCAUGUAUAAAAAUGCUGGGCAGGCCAUUAUUUUGUCUACCUUGUCAUCCUAUGGCGGCAUAGCCAAUGCCCUAAUCCACAUGGCACGAGGGGUCACUGAAUGGUUUGAUGAGCAUGAAAACGAUGUACAGUGGUUCCUCAAUUAAACGUUUAGAGUUUAUAUCGCAUUAAGGUAGAUUUUGGUAUAGUAUGGUACAUUGCGUCACCGCAAGGAGGAGUUAGAACGCUGAUAAUGCUUUUGGGUUCGGUGUUAAGCGUUGGUACCCAGGCGCUAAUGUUUCUUUCCUCACUAAAUUAAUGACGUGAAUGGGUAAUUGAAACCAGAUAGAAACUGAUAAUUGUGCACUUGAUUUCACAAUUGAAUUUGAAUGAACUGAAUGAUGAGGAUGAAGAAGGUGAUUGAAUUUAGAACAAUGGUGUAAGAACUGCUCUUCCUCUGUCCCAUGCGCACACCCACCCACACCACUUUUUUUUUUUCUACUUUGUCAGAAGUUGUAACUGGACUAUAGCCUAUUACUAAUAUAACUGUUACACUAACGUUUUAAUUGUAUAUACGCGUUGUUUGUUUCCUUUUAUUUUGGCAGUUACCUGUAUCAUAUGAAAUUGUAUUGGUCAGGUACACAGUUUAGCAGGUUUUAUGGCAGGUGCAGCGAAAUGCUUAUGUUCCUAAUUCCUAUCAAUCAAUGCAGUAAAUGUUGAGCACACAAUCCAAACUUUAAAAAAUAGUACCGUAGUAAUGUAUAAAUUGUGAGCAUUAUUAAAGUGACCAGUGUUCAAUGACUAUGUACAUACUACAGUGCAUUUGGAAAGUAUUCAGACCUUGAAUUUUUCCACAUUUUUAUUACGUUACAGACUUAUUCUAAAAUGGAUUAAAUCAUCGAUCUACACACAAUACUCAAUAAUGACAAAGCGAAAACAGGUUUUUAGAAAUUUCUGCAAAUGUAUUACAAAUAAAAAAACAAAAAUGCCUUAUUUACAUAAGUAUGUAUUUGCUAUGAGACUUGAAAUUGAGCUCAGGUGCAUUCUGUUUCCAUUGAUCAUCCUUGAGAUGUUUCUACAACUUGAUUGGAGUCCACCUGUGGUAAAUUCAAUUGAUUGGACAUGAUUUGGAAAGGCACACACCUGUCUAUAUAAGAUCCCACAGUUGACAGUGCAUGUCAGAGCAAAAACCAAGGUAUGAGGUUGAAGUAAUUGUCGAGGCACAUAUCUGGGGAAGGGUACCAAAAAAUUUCGGCAGCAUUGAAUGUCCCCAAGAACACAGUGGCAUCCAUCAUUCUUAAAUGGAAGAAGUUUGGAACCACCAAGACUCUUCCUAGAGCUGGCUGGCCUGCCAAACUGAGCAAUCAAGGGAAAAGGGCCUUGGUCAGGGAUGUGGCCAAGAACCCGAUGGUCACUCUGACAGAGCUCUAGAGUUCCUCUGUGGAGAUGGGAGAACCUUCCAGAAGGACAACUAUCUCUGCAGCACUCCACCAAUCAGGCCUUUAUGGUAGAGUGGCUAGACGGAAGGUACUCCUCAGUAAAAGGAACAUGACAGCCCGCUUGGAGUUUGCCAAAAGGCACCUAAAGACUCUCAGACCAUGAGAAACAAGAUUCUCUGGUCUGAUGAAACCAAGAUUGAACUCUUUGGCCAAGCGUCACGUCUGGAAGAAACCUGGCACCAUCCCUUCGGUGAAGCAUGGUGGUAGCAGCAUCAUGCUGUGGGGAUGUUUUUCAGCGGCAGGGACUGGGAGACUAGUCAGGAUCGAGGGAAAGACGAGCGGAGCAAAGUACAGAGAGCUCCUUGAUGAAAACCUGCUCCAGAGCGCUCAGGACCUCAGACUGGGGCGAAGAUAUACCUUCCAACAGGACAACGACCCAAAGCACACAGCCAAGACAACGCAGGAGUGGCUUCGGGACAAGUCUCAAUGUCCUUGUAGCCCAGCCAGAGCCCGGACUUGAACCCCAUCCAACAUCUCUGAAGAGACCUGAAAAUAGCUGUGCAGUGACGCUCCCCAUCCAACCUGACAGAGCUUGAGAGGAUCUGCAGAGAAUAAUGGGAGAAACUCCCCAAAUACAGGUGUGCCAAGCUUGUAGCAUUAUACCCAAGAACACUCAAGGCUGUAAUCGCUGCCAAAGGUGUUUCAACAAAGUACUGAGUAAAGGGUCUGAAUACUUAUUUAAAUGUAAUAUUUCUGUUUUUAUAAAUGUGCAAAAAUGUCUUGUUUCGUCAUUAUGGGGUAUUGUGUGUAGAUUGAGGUGGAAAGAACAAUUAUUUUUCCAGUUUAGAAUAAGGCUGUAACGUAAAAUAGUGUGGGAAAAGUCAAGGGGUCUGAAUACUUUCCGAAUGCACUGUAUAUGGCAGCAGUACCUAAGGUGCAGGGUAGCGUACCCAGUGGUAGCCGGCUGUUGACAGUGACUGAGGGGCAGAGUGGACGACUGGGCGGAGGCAGUCUAGUGGUGGCUGUUUUAACAGUAUGAUGGCCUGGGGAUAGAAGCUGUUUUUCAGUCUCUCGGUCCCAGCUUUGAUGCACCUGUACUGUCUCCGCUUUCUAGAUGGUAGUGGGGUGAACAGGCCGUGGCUCGUGUGGCUGACGUCCUUGAUAAGUUUAGUUCAGUUACCUUCGCUUUCUUGUGUACAGGAACAAUGGUGGACAUCUUGAAGCAAGUGUUAACAACAGACUAGGAUAGUGAGAGAUUGAAUACGUCCGUAAACACUCCAGCCAGCUGGUCUGCGCAUGCUCAGAGGACGCAGCCUUGCGAGCGUUAACACGCUUAAAUAUCUUCCUCACGUUGACCACGGAGAUCGGGAGCGCACAGUUCCCAUGAGUGGCGUGGGCCCAUGUUGGCUGCUCUGUGUUUUCCUUGAAACAGGUGAAGGUGUUCAGCCUGUCAGGAAGCAAGGCGUUGGGGUCUGCUACGUGGCUGGCUUUCCCUUUAUAAUCUGUGAUUGUCUGGAGUCCCUGCUACAUGCGUCUCGUCUGAGCCGUUGAAUUGCGACUUAACUUUGUCUGUGUACUGACGUUUUGCCUCUGAUUGCCUUACGGAUGUCAUAGUUGGUCUGUUUGUACACAUCCAUGUUCCCAGUCACCUUGCCGUGGUUAGAUGCGGUGGUUCUCGUUUCAGUUUUGCGCGAAUGCUGCUGUCUAGUCACGGUUUCUGGUUUGGAUAAGUUCUAAUCGUCACAGUAGGAACAACGUCCUCUAUGCACUUCCUGAUGAAACUCAGUCACCGAUUCCAUGUCAUUGAAAUCAGUGGCACUGGACAAUGUGUUGUGCGUAAGCUUUUAGACACUUAGAGAAAGGGCUUGUUUGACAAAUUUCUAUAGGCAUUGAAGCAUAAGGCUCAGGUAUGGAACAAUAGCCACAAGCAAAUCCAGGCAAUGUUUUAACACUCCUCAAUUGUCCAGUGUUGGUGAUAGCGUGCCCACUGGAGCCGCCUCUUCUUAUUUUUAGCUGAUAGUAGUGGAACCCGGUGUGGUCGUCUUCUGCAAAGCCCAUCCGUGACGAGGGCCGACGAGUUGUGCAUACCGAGAUGCUGUUCUGCACACCACUGUUGUACUGCGCUGUUAUUUGCCUGCUUGUGGCCCGCCUGUUAGCUUACACGAUUCUUGCAAUUGUCCUUUGACUUCUCUCAUCAACAAGCUGUUUUCGCCCACAUGACUACCGCUGACUGGAUGUUUUUUGUUUGUUGCCACAUUCUCUGUAAACCCAAGACACUGUCAUGUGUGAGAAGUUCAGGAGGCUGUCCAUUUCUGAGAUGCUGGAACCGAUGCACCUGGCACCGACUAACAGCACACUCAGUCUCUUAGGUCACUAGUAUUGCCCAUUUCAACGUUCAAUCAAACAGUAACUGAAUACCUCGAUGUCUGCCUGCUUUAUGUAGCAAGCCACGGGCCACAUGACUCACUCUGUUGGAGCGAACCAUUUUCGUGAACGGUACCACUGUGUAUAUUCUCCGGUCAAACUGAACUGAAAUUAUCAAUAAUUUGCACAUUUAGCAACAGCACUGCCACGUUCCUACACAAACCCAGGAUAUCCUCCAAGGCCCAGUGUUCACUUGUUCACCCGUAGAAACUCUAAUUGUUUGGCUGGCGGAGAAUUUAAUCAGAGCAGCCCGGAGAUUAAAGUAAACUUUUCAGAGCCAGAACUUGGUAAUGAUGGUAAUACUUAUUGAGAUCCAUUAAGGACUCAUCAAGCAUAGCAUUCUACCCAGCCCUUUUUUAUGUGGUUAAUUAUUUAAAAGCUUAAUUGGACCCAAAAAAAACGUUGACUCCGAGGUGCUCGGUGAUGGUGACGACGGUGUGAUCGUCUCUGCGGUCAGAGAGUUCCCAGACACGGAGAGAGAGGGUAGUCUCAAAAUCCCUCCAAAGGACCGACUGCAUAAUAAACCAGGCCUGUUACAGCUCUGGAUGGAUUCUAAUCAGGCAUUUUCUCAGUCAGAUGAUUUUUCAAGCGCAAAGGAUUUGGAAAUAAUAAAACAUUCUCAUUAAAAUAAUUUACACAGAAGGAAGGGAAAUGCCAAACGCAGCCCAUUCAUUAAAUGUCUUGGCAUUCACAGCAAAAACCACAACACCAUGAACAAACUAGUUAUUUUGAAGGCAUAGAUGUAAAGAGCGAGGAUGUACCAUCUCUCUUGUGAUAUGGUCUUAAUCAUGGAGUAGGCCUAACUGAGCUCAGUUAAGGUCAGUUCCACAAAAAUAAGCAAUUAUGUCAGAAAUAUAAAUGACUAGUUUCUUUGUAUGAUAUCCAUCUAAACUUCUCUUAAUUCCCUUGGAUGAAGAGCUUUAAAUUCCUUGGGACGUUUUGGACUUGGGCUUCAUGGCGCUUGUCAGUGAUGAAACGUCUAGGUGUUGUCAGAGAUGAUCAGGGGGAGGAGAGUGCCUAAGGUACGCUUUAUUCUCUGCACAACUAUUCAGUGUUCAUAUAGCCUAGCCCAGUGUUCUCCAACCCUGUUCCUGAAGAGCUACCGUCCUGUAGGUUUGCACUCCAACCCUAAUCUAGCACACCUGAUUCUAAUAAUUAGCUGGUUGAUGAAACGAUUCAGGUUAGCAACAACUGGGGCUGGAGCGAAAACCUAGAAGAGGGUAACUCACCAGGAACAGGGUUGGAGAGCCCUUGCCUAGCUAGCCAUUUCGCUUUUAUUUGUUGAUAAUGAAAUCUGAAAAAAACUUUGGAUACUUUCAGUAACAUGAUAAGAAUAUUCCUGGAAAAUGUGGGGUAUGAUAAGUGUUUGAGGGAGAGGACUAACUGGUGUCUUCACAUGGCCACACCUCUUCAAAGUGGAGCGCAUAGAAAGGAGUUAUGACUGUGAUGGGUGUUCCACGGUGAAUUUCCUUCAAUGGUUAAACGGGCUCAUUCUGUUCAGAACAACCCAGGAUAUGACGCAUUGCCAUCUUGUAACUACAUCAAACAUAGUGAUCAAGAACGUUGACACGGAAAUAUGGAAAUGUGAAGUGCACAUUUGGGCUAACGGGUGUUUGGCUUGUAGUAUGACAUCAAAGCAGUAUUUUAUUAUAAUCCUCAACGUCUCAUCUUUCAAAAUACAUGGAAUCCUCGUAAUUUACAGCAUUUGCCUCAUUCGGACAACAACAAUUUCACAAAAGUUGCCCAAUUAGCGGGAGGGAUGGGGGCAACUUGUUGCAUGUGGUGCUCAGAAUAGCUGUCAGUGAAAAUCCAGUCAGCGCUUAGAAGCGCAGAGCCUGAGCUCUGAUGUCAUUUAUAUCAUGUUACUGUACAGCCACUGCAUUCCAAUUUAGGCUCUUAACAGUUUCCAAAUCUGCAAUUUUUCAGUCUGUAAGGGAUAAUCCACUCCAGAAUAAAACUCCUGUCAAUUUGGUGAUAGUCUGCGUCAGUGGUCACCAACCUUUUCUCUGUCACAAUUACUUUCUGAGUGAAAAUGCUUGACUUAAAAAAUUUAAGCCUUUGCAACAUUAACCUAUUAAAAACAGUACCUUAGCAAUGAGGUUUGUGCAGUAGGCUAUAGGCCCAAUACAAUAUCACCACAUUGGCUUUGCUUGAAAUGCCCUGCCAAUGCACAUGUUCAGACCAUUAAAAAAAUAAAAAUAAAUGUAUAUUAAAUAUGUUGAGGUAGGCUAUAUAAUCACACUGGUAAUUGAGCAUCUGUUGGAGUACUUGUGGGGCACAGCUGAGUGAGCAUACAUUUUAAAUAAUUUGCUUUGCAUUUUUAUUUUAUUUUGCCCUCAUCUGAUGGUCAGUCUCUGCGGAGGGAGAGAGCAGCAGACUGAGGGUACGCCGCUCAACGUCCCUCCGCUCUCCCUUUCCUCCACUGACCAAAAAGGGACACAGUCUUUCAGCGGAUGACAACUUGUCGCACCGCAUUAUUUCUGCCUCAUGCACGAAUUCAUGUUACUCCUAUGAACAGAGAAAGUGAAAUAUUGCUCGAUAUUUAGAAAUACCCAAGCCGCUAAUAAUACCAACGCAAGCCUAUCGAUACACUUUCCUUCUCAUUCAUUACAGCUUCAUUGCUGGUUGUAGCAUGAGUGUAGGAAGACUGUAUUUUAUGGUUUUUAAAAUGUUGACUAAAAUGUGUUGACAGUGCUGAGUAAGAACUUAAACAUGAACUCACGCAUAAAAACAGCAGCUCUUUGCUGUAUUCGUUGACAGUUCUCUCUAGUCAUGGUUUUGAAAUUUCACAGUAUCAACUUUCCUUUAGCUUGCUUUUACGCUUGCUACAUUACUGCAGACAUGGUAAUCUGAGCCAUCCGAUUGGCCAGUAGUAGGCCUAUAGUGCACUUGAUUUGCUCUCCGGGCCCGCCGGGAAGGCAGUUUGUACUUUCAGACACAUGAAAUGGCAACACUUCGCCUACCUAGCGCGCAGGGCAGCUGAAUCGGGUGCACCUACAGCCAACAGCGCGAGACAAAUAAAUAAAAAUAGGAUUUAUCGUUGGGUUUUUUACAGAAAUGUUUGGAGAUCGACUAGGAAUGCCUGGGAGAUCGACCAGACGAUCGGUUGGUGGUGACAGGUCUACGUUCUAUGAGUUGGUAAAACAUCGAUUUUCACCAUGAUUUAACUUCUAGGUAGUCUAUGAAAUCACUGGAGAUAAAUGUAUUCCCUAUCACACUUCAUAACGCUUUUUGAAACAUUACCUGCACUCCCUAUCGCCAAGUCAGCUAGGGUUGGACGGUAUCCAGAUUUCCAUUCCCGAGAUGUAGUGUAUUUUUAUUUUUAUUCUUUACAUAAAGCCCCAAACGUCACUUACCAGAAUGCUAACAAGUACUAAGGAAUUUCCAUAGCGGAUUAACUACUAAUAUAAACAACCGAGCUCAUAAAGUUAUGCAAGUAUCUCAAAACGCAGAUCACCUCACUAUAGUCCUGUGUAGCUCAGUUGGUAGAGCAUGGUGCUUGCAACGCCAGGGUUGUGGGUUCGAUUCCCACGGGGGACCAGUAUGAAGAAAAAAAUAAUUAUGCACUCACUAACUGUAAGUCGCUCUGGAUAAGAGCGUCUACUAAAUGACUAAAAUGUAAAUGUAUAGCUGCGCUGCAGGAGUGACUCACCUCACAACGCUCCCGUUUUGUUCAUUGUGCUUCUUUGAGGCAGGCACAUGUUUAUUUACAAACAGCUGUUUUGGGAAACUAAUACCAGUAAGCUUUAUAAUGAAAAACAAUUUAACAGGCAGGAUGAAGAACUUGAUCUGCUUUAUCUAUUGCCUUGUGCACAAGUUGACUGCAGGUAUUUAUUUAAAAAGUAAGUACAUUUUAUAAAAGUAAUCAUACUAAGGGUAUUUUGAAUACCCCAGAAUACGGUAUACCACCCAACCCUAAUAUCAGCCAACAGUGUUUCCCCUAUAUUAAUUUAGCUGCAGAGCACUGUGAAUUUAUUGUGAUUCGAUGUUCCGAACAUAUUGCUCACCAUAUGUCUGCUGCAGAGGGAAAAGCAAGCCAUGAGAAAACAAGCUUUGAUCAGUCAGGUAAAUAAAAGUGCUGUAAACAAAUUGGCUCCCUAUUUUAAAAAGAUGGCGAACAAACUAUGAAGCAAAAUAAUAUAGCGACAUUGUCAAUACGAUACGCUAUAUCGUCAAAAAAUAUCCAGAUUAUGUAAAUGACACGACCCCCCCCCCCCCCCCCCCCCCACAUGCGUUGAUCUUCGCACCGGUAGUAGGCGCGAGCGCAUUGACGAGCAAGGAAACGUGCACUGCAUAGAUCACACAUGGCAGAGAGAUGUUUCGCUAAUACCAUCCUUCACAGAAAGUUGUUAGACUGUUAAAUAUUAGUAGGCCUAUGUUAAUUAAUCAGUUAUUGAUUUGUCCUCUUGAUAUACAGUGAGGGGAAAAAAAGUAUUUCAUCCCCUGCUGAUUUUGUACGUUUGCCCACUGACAAAGAAAUGAUCAGUCUAUAAUUUUAAUGGUAGGUUUAUUUGAAAAGUGAGAGACAGAAUAACAACAAAACAAUCCAGAGAAAAGCAUGUCCAAAAUGUUAUAAAUUGAUUUUGCAUUUUAAUGAGGGAAAUAAGUAUUUGACCCCCUCUCAAUCAGAAAGAUUUCUGGCUCCCAGGUGUCUUUUAUACAGGUAAUGAGCUGAGAUUAGGAGCAGACUCUUAAAGGGAGUGCUCCUAAUCUCAGCUUGUUACCUGUAUAAAAGACAUCUGUCCACAGAAGCAAUCAAUCAGAUUCCAAACUCUCCACCAUGGCCAAGACCAAAGAGCUCUCCAAGGAUGUCAGGGACAAGAUUGUAGACCUACACAAGGCUGGAAUGGGCUACAAGACCAUCGCCAAGCAGCUUGGUGAGAAGGUGACAACAGUUGGUGCGAUUAUUCGCAAAUGGAAGAAACACAAAAUAACUGUCAAUCUCCCUCGGCCUGGGGCUCCAUGCAAGAUCUCACCUCGUGGAGUUGCAAUGAUCAUGAUAACGGUGAGGAAUCAGCCCAGAACUACACGGGAGGAUCUUGUCAAUGAUCUCAAGGCAGCUGGGACCAUAGUCACCAAGAAAACAAUUGCUAACACACUACGCUGUGAAGGACUGAAAUCCUGCAGCGCCCGCAAGGUCCCCCUGCUCAAGAAAGCACAUAUACAUGCCCGUCUGAAGUUUGCCAAUGAACAUCUGAAUGAUUCAGAGGAGAACUGGGUGAAAGUGCUGUGGUCAGAUGAGACCAAAAUGGAGCUCUUUGGCAUCAACUCAACUCACUGUGUUUGGAGGAGGAGGAAUGCUGCCUAUGACCCCAAGAACACCAUCCCCACCGUCAAACAUGGAGGUGGAAACAUUAUGCUCUGGGGGUGUUUUUCUGGUAAGGGGACAGUACGAAUUCAUCCCAUCUAAAAGGGACGAUGGACGGGGCCAUGUACCGUCAAAUCUUGGGUGAGAACCUCCUUCCCUCAGCCUGGGCAUUGAAAAUGGGUCGUGGAUGGGUAUUCCAGCAUGACAAUGACCCAAAACACACGGCCAAGGCAACAAAGGAGUGGCUCAAGAAGAAGCACAUUAAGGUCCUGGAGUGGCCUAGCCAGUCUCCAGACCUUAAUCCCAUAGAAAAUCUGUGGAGGGAGCUUAAGGUUCGAGUUGCCAAACGUCAGCCUCGAAACCUUAAUGACUUGGAGAAGAUCAGCAAAGAGGAAUGGGACAAAAUCCCUCCUGAGAUGUGUGCAAACCUGGUGGCCAACUACAAGAAACGUCUGACCUCUGUGAUUGCCAACAAUGGUUUUGCCACCAAGUACUAAGUAAUGUUUUGCAGAGAGGUCAAAUAUUUAUUUCCCUCAUUAAAAUGCAAAUCAAUUUAUAACAUUUUUGACAUGCGUUUUUUUGAAUUUUGUUGUUGUUAUUCUGUCUCUCACUGUUCAAAUAAAUCUACCAUUAAAAUUAGACUGAUCAUUUCUUUGUCAGUGGGCAAACUUACAAAAUCAGCAGAGGAUCAAAUACUUUUUUCCCUCACUGUAGCUCUAUGUCAACAGUAGGCUGCUAAUGAUGUGAUAAUAGUCAGUUCACCCUUGACAACAAGGCAUGUUGAAUGAAUAGUAGCCUAAAUGUCAGUCCUGGUGGAUUAGGUCAGGGAUGGAGAUCUGAAACAAGCUCAUAUAGGCCUAGUUCAGUUGUUUCAUAUUCCAAAUAGCCUACAGUAAACUAGACUACUACAUUGCAUCCAGUGAUUGAAUUAUUCAGAAGAAGCCGCCAGUUUACAUUUUCACUAGACUAUCCACAUAAAGAGACCUAUUAAUUAGAAUAAUCGGAGUGUAUGCAUGCAUUGUAAAGUGUUCUAGCCUGUAUGGACAGACAUUGUUUUGCAACUAGGAAUUAAGUUUAAACAUUUCUACAUGCCAUGUCAGAUUAUUCAAGUGUGUUAACUUCUGUGCAGCAUGAGUGGGCAGCUAACAUGAUGCAGCCCAGACUCCCAGUGCAGGCUAGCAAUGAGUAAAUGGAGCAAGUACGGUGCGUGCUGUGAUAAGGUGUAGUCUGCGCUGAUACAGGCUUGAUCCGUGAGACACAUUUGUGACUACAUUUCCCAAUUGAGUCUUAUGUACCAUUUCCAAGAUUGCCUUUUUUGUACUUUUUAUAAAAGUAUAGACUCAUACCAUUUUGAAGCUCUAUCAUACACUGCAGUUGGGGAAACAUGGGAAAGUUAUGCUUAUUUUUAAUGUUUUUCACACUUGCAUCUUUUUUGAGUAUGCCCAUUCAUCAUCGUUCACACCCUCUUAAGCCUCAGCCCCACCCAUCCCUUUUAGUAUUCAGAUGAGGCCAUUUGCUUAACUUAGUGAUUUUAAGGUAGUGUAGUAAACAAGGGGUGAAUGUAGUAGCCUACAAUAAGGAACAUCUCCAGGUAAAAAUACACUAUCUAGUCCUUGGCCUAUAUCCUAACAUGAUCUUCACAAAUUCACUGGUAAACACACUGUAUAUCAAACCAGCCCCCAUAUACACCUGGCUAAGUUUAUGGGUCAGGUAAUCAUCUGGCUAAGUGUAGUAUUUUGUUUAGACAUGUAGCUAGCUAGCUAAUCAAGUUCAUGAACCAUGAUUCCAACCCAUACAGUUUAGCAAUACAAACGGUUUGUCAUACACUUAGCUAGCCAUCCACCAUGCAUAAAAUGAUGCAGUAUUAAUCUGCAGGUAAAGCUAACCAACCAGCUAGCUAACAGUAGGUUAUAACUAGCAAUGCAAAUGGAUUUUUCUGACUAAAUUAGAUACGAUUUAUAAUGUUAACUGGCCAAGCAACUAACAUUAGCUAGCUAGUUAGUUUUCAUGUUAGCUUGCUAGCUAACAGUAGGCUUUAACUAGCAAUGCAAAUGACUUUAUAACAAAAUUAGAUACUAAUUGAAGCUAACGUUAGGCUCUUACCUGUAUACAUGGAUGAAUGCUUCACGGCAGAUGAACUCCUUGUAGAUGUAAUCCAGUGAGAGUUGAUUUAUGCUUAGCCUUCUGAGUUCUCUUCAACUCUCUCCGCAUUUGCAAUCAAACUUCUGAAUUCAUCUCCUUCUCAUACUCUGCUUCUACCGGGCAUUCCAGUUCAAAACUCAGUCCACUUCUUCCUUGACAACACUGUUGAUCUCCGUUUCUUUCCCAUCACUUUCAUCAGAAAACUCUGCAAUUUCUGGUUCAAUGAUAAUGUUGUUAAAUGACAUUGCUAUUAUCUUUAUUUAUAUUUUAAAAAAAAUCUACGGUAGACUACUUAUCAGGCAAGCCCCCAUUUUAUGUUAUAGACAGUAUUUCUUUACGUCUUUUCUGUGAAUUAGGAAUGCCCAUUUUACACCUCACUUGAGAGAUCCAGACUAAUUUGACGGAUGUACCGAAAGUAACACAUUCUAGUACCGAACCGUUUUUUAAUGUUCUAGUAUCGAAAAAGUACAGAGGUUUCGGUAUACCGUGCAACACUAUCUGUGCAACACACAAUUACAUACUAGCUGUUCCCAUAGACUUCCAGUCAUUGAGCCAACAACUAUCCAUUUAAAAACGCGUCUCUGCAGAAAUAAAUAUGACACAAUUUUUUGCAACGGUGGCAAACGCUGUCAGGCACCGCUCCAGAAUCUCCCAUAAGUAUUCAAUUCGGUUGAGAUUUGGUGACUAAGACACACACUUUAAACCCCCUAUGCUCCUUUGAGACACCUUUUUCAAAGUCAUUGAGAUCUCUUCUAGCCAUGGUAGCCAAAGUAAUGGGCAACUGGGCAUUUUUAUACAUGAGCGCAAACGUGAUGUUAAUUGCUUAAUUAACUCAGGAACCACACCUAUGUGGAAGCACUUGCUUUCAAUAUACUUUGUAUCCAUCAUUUACUCAAUGGGUUUCCUUUUAUUUUGGCAGUUACCUGUACCAGGUUGAACAUUAUAGAUUAUACACUCCUAAAUGGAUAGUGCCAUUUAUUUAGGUGAUUUUACAGCUAGCUAGCUACAUCACAUGCUGAUAUUGACUUUGGUAUUAUCGUGUGUAGCUACGUUUGCUUUCUAGCUAGCUAGCCAGUCUGCCCAGAGAGCACAUUGCAUUGUGAGUUUGGUAUCUGACAUGAGCUGCAAAAUAUUUCCUAAACGGUUUUCACAUGUUACUCCCAACCUUAUUAUACCGACCAAAAAAUUAAGUCAAUCACAAACAAUUAUUGUUAGCACAUAUUUAGUGUUAUUUAACACCGUAAAUCAUAGGAAUGUUUUUUUUUUUGGUGUGUAUUAUUCCUUUUGAGGGGGAUUCACCAGAAUGUGCAUGCCUGCAUGAAAGUGGUAUGUAGCAGCCUAUUGGAACUCAACUGCAAGUAUAGUUGUUUUGGAAGCCAUUGCUGUCCCACCCAGUCCCACAUUAAGUGCGCACAAAUAAUUACAGGUGCCAGUGGUUUCAAUGUUCCAACCCUAUCUUCACACGUAGACUAACCCAGUCUGCUGCGUUUGUGGUAACUAAGACCAAUGGAGUUGGAGAUGUUUAUCUGACUCAGCAUUUAGAUUUUUUCCAGCUUUGCUGAAAGCUUUACAAGGGUGUGCUGCUCCUCUCACAGCCCUAGCACUAAACACUCUCUAAUACAUGUUAUCUCCACUUUCUGCUGUGAAAAUGGCACCCAUGCCGCAUUGUGGCAGGCGUCGACUGCUUUAGAGUACUUCAGCUGCUGUAUUCUACAUCUCUGUCAGAGACGGUAACUGCCAAGACUUAUGUGGUGCUAAUACAUUGCUUUUUCUCCUCCAGCCAAGCCAAGCCAACCGAGCUGGUCUAACGAUGGUGCGACUGCAGAGAAACACAGCUACUCAUGGUACAGCAACGCCUCAGAGAGCGACAAGAAGCCCAUCGCUCAGACCACCACCCUAAAGAGUGAGGCCAAGGACUCUUACGACAACUGGGAUGCAGUGAUGCUUCUGGGGCCCACCUCACCCACCCCAGAGCCCCCUAGAAACCCCUCAUCAAUGUGGGGUGGCGCGGGCGGCUACGGCCUUGGCCUGGGUCUGGCCAGGGAGGACAAGCCAUCACCAGAGCCGACCCCCAGUUACGAGGUGGGCCAGGGGGACUUUGAAGUCCCCAUCGAGCCCUCCGAGUCCCAGGACCACUCCCAGUCUCUCCUCAGGGCCAGCACCAACUGCCGGACCUACCGCCGGCCCAACAAAGGCAAGCAGGCCGGGGACUCUGACAGCACCAGUAGUACUAGCACCAGUACUAGCACAUCCUUCAGUAGUGGGCCCGGAUCUGGCCCACUCAAGACCAACAAUACAGAGAACAGCAGCAAGCCAGUGGGCCGCGGGAGGACGAGAGACUACACAGUGCUGCACCCGUCCUGCCUGUCGAUGUUUAACGUCACCAUUCAAGACCGGGUCAUGGAGGAAUACAACCCCGCUUCUGCUGUGGCUGCCCCGCUGACAGACCUGGGAGAGGCUGGCCGACUGCAAAAGAAGACGGAACCAGCACCGGCCAAGCCCACCAGGUGACGACCUUCUACCUAUUAGUGAUGGGGGGAGAGGGGAAUCAAUAGUUACAUAUCACAAUAUUAUUUUGAAUGAUAUUAUAUUCUUCUCUCUCUCUUUCUCUGCAUCUCUCUCCCAGGUUCAGACCUACACAGAGCAAGGCAAAGAAAGACACCAAGCUGGACUUCUUUGGCUUCGAGGAAAACGAGGCGGGCCGUGGUGCCACCCAGGAUGAGGGCAGUUCUGACCCCGUGGCAUCCGGCAGCUCCAACUACAAGAUUAAGUACUUUGGCUUUGACGAUAUGAGCGGCAGCGACAGCGACGAAGACGAGGGCUCCCACGCCAAAGAGAGGAAGGCUAAGAGGGCUGUAGCCACCGCUGCUGCAGCCGCAGCCUCCUUUGCUGCCAUGGAGAUGAGGGUGGACAUCCCCCUGUCAGGCAGUGAGGAGCUGGACAGUCAAACCAGCAGCAACACAGGUCAGGGACAGGGCCUCAGCCGAGGUCAGUACUACCAACCCCCCUCGGGAUUACACAGACCUGCAGGGCAUACUUAGGCCUCAGGCAAGGUCAAUAACAUGAACAUCGAGAUCUUUACACACGAGCCUCACUAAAUGUUAAUGUUAUGUCAAAAGCUAAUUAGGAAAGCGAGGAACGUUUUGUUUCAACCUUCAUGCCAGGUCUGUAAGGCCAUUAGCGGGGUCAAUUAUUACUUUUUUGGCAGUAUUUGGGAUCAGCACAAACAAACAAAACCAGACAGUCCUGAUAAGAAAACUGAGAAAGACUCUUACUCAUACUCACCCACUCACAGAUCUUUCAUUUACAUUUACAUCAUUUAGCAGACGCUCUUAUCCAGAGCGACUUACAAAUUGGUGCAUUCAACUUAUGAUAGCCAGUGGGACAACCACUUUUUUAAUUUUUUUAUUUAAUGGGAGGGGAGGGGGGGGGGGGGGGGGGGUAGAAGGAUUACUUUAUACUAUUCCAGGUAUUCCUUAAAGAGGUAGGGUUUCAAGUGCCUCCGGAAGGUGGUCAGUGACUCCGCUGUCCUGGCGUUGUGGGGGAGCUUGUUCCACCAUUGGGGUGCCAGAGCAGCAAAUAGCUUUGACUGGGCUGAGCGGGAACUGUGCUUCCGUAGAGGACAGACAUCUCAUAUUUAUACAGUUGAAGUCUGAAGUACACCUUAGCCAAAUACAUUUAAAUUCAGUUUUUCACAAUUCCUGACAUUUAAUCCUAGUAAAAAUUCCCUGUCUUAAGUCAGUUAGGAUCACCACUUUAUUUUUAAGAAUGUAGAAUGUCAGAAUAAUAGUAGAGUGAUUUAUUUCAGAUUUUAUUUCUUUCAUCACAUUCCCAGUUGGUCAGAAGUUUACAUACACUCUAUAAGUGUUUGGUAGCAUUGCCUUUAAAUUGUUUAACUUGGGUCAAACGUUUUGGGUAGCCUUCCACAAGCUUCCCACAAUAAGUUGGGUGAAUUUUGGCCCAACCUCCUGACAGCUGGUGUAACUGAGUCAGGUUUGUAGGCCUCCUUGCUUGCACACGCUUUUUCAGUUCUGCCCACACAUUUUCUAUAGGAUUGAGGUCAGGGCUUUGUGAUGGCCACUCCAAUACCUUGACUUUGUUGUCCUUAAGCCAUUUUGCCACAACUUUGGAAGUAUGCUUGGGGUCAUUGUCCGUUUGGAAGACCCAUUUGCGACCAAGCUUUAACUUCCUGACUGAUGUCUUGAGAUGUUGCUUCAAUAUAUCCACAUAAUUUUCCUUCCUCAUGAUGCCAUCUAUUUUGUGAAGUGCACCAGUCCUUCCUGCAGCAAAGCACCCCCACAGCAUGAUGCUGCCACCCCCGUGCUUCACGGUUGGGAUGGUGUUCUUCAGCUUGCAAGGUACCCCCUUGUUCCUACAAACAUAACGAUGGUCAUUAUGGCCAAACAGUUCUAUUUUUGUUUCAUCAGACCAGAGGGCAUUUCUCCAAAAAGUACGAUCUUUGUCCUCAUGUGCAGUUGCAAACCGUAGUCUGGCUUUUUUAUUUCUUGCUGAGCAGCCUUUCAGGUUAUGUCGAUAUAGGACUCAUUUUACUGUGGAUAUAGAUACUUUUGUACCUGUUUCCUCCAGCAUCUUCACAAGGUCCUUUGCUGUUGUUCUGGGAUUGAUUUGCACUUUUCGCACCAAAGUACGUUCAUCUCUAGGAGACAGAACACAUCUCCUUCCUGAGCGGUAUGACGGCUGCAUGGUCCCAUGGUGUUUAUACUAAUGUUUGUACAGAUGAAUGUGGUACCUUCAGGCGUUUGGAAAUUGCUCCCAAGGAUGAACCAGACUUGUGGAGGUCUACAACUUUUUUUCUGAGGUCUUGGCUGAUUUCUUUUGAUUUUCCCAUGAUGUCAAGCAAAGAGGCACUGAGUUUGGAGGUAGGCCUUGAAAUACAUCCACAGGUACACCUCCAAUUGACUCAAAUGAUGACAAUUAGCCUAUCAGAAGCUUCUGAAGCCAUGACAUCAUUUUCUGGAAUUUUCCAAGCUGUUUAAAUACACAGUCAACUUAGUGUAUGUAAACUUCUGACCCACUGGAAUUGUGAUACAGUGAAUUAUAAGUGAAAUAAUCUGUCUGUAAACAAUUGUUGAAAAAAUUACUUGUCAUGGACAAAGUAGAUGUCCUAACUGACUUGCCAAAACUAUAGUUUGUUAACAAGAAAUGUGUGGAGUGGGUGAAAAACUAGUUUUAAUGACUCCAACCUAAGUGUAUGUAAACUUCCGAAUGUGUGUGUGUGUGAUAUAUAUAUAUCUCGCCGCAUGCAUUUAUACAUGCCGGUAUAGAUCUGAAUAUAGAUUUUCCAUAAUCUAUUCUAAUUAAAUACUUUAGUCUAAUAAUGACUUGGUCACAGAGAUUCACUAUUCUAUCUGUAAGUAUAUGGACUUGGUAAUGAACUGUGAUGUUCCUGCCCUAGUGUAACACGUCUACAUUUGGCAUGUCCCCUGUAGAUGUGAUGGACUUCCCAGAGGACAACUCUGCCUCUGUGGGCCUAGAGAUGCCCAGGAGACCUCAGGCAAAACCGGUGGAGAAAUCAAAGGAGAGAAGGGAGACCAAUAGGAAGAUCUUCAGUGGCCCCAAAAAGGUAAGAGUGCGGAGAGAGUUCCUAUAGAACACUAGUCCAGGGUCGUGUUAAUCAGGCCACAACGGCACAUCGUAGCGAAACGCUUUGCAACAGAAAACAAAAAAAGUGCACUUUUCAUUGGACACGUUCAGGUAGUGUAAUAAUGAACUAGACUCAGAACAUUCAGCAGAUAAUCAGUAGACUACACUCUGUAUGCAUUGCAGAGAUGCCAGGCCAAAACGGCUUGUUGGAUUAUUUUAUAUGUGGAUGAAUGAAGGGAUGAGCACGGUCAUUGAAGUCUCUGAGAUGGUUCUCUUUUAUUUAUCAAGAGAACCAGUAAUGCCCGUUCUCCAAUCGCUUAGAUGGACUUGAUCUGUAAGAGCUCCACUACUGAUCUUUAACCCUUCUACAAUAUCCACGGCCCGCUGAAAUUGUAUUAACAUAAUAAAGAUAAUCCCUAUCAAAAUCCGUCUCUUUAAGCUAGAGAUAUCUGUUUUCUUUGCAAUCCAUUGCCAAUAUCGCAGUUCCGCAUCUGCGGUGAAAGGUGGCAGAGCUAGAGCGGUGUUUGUCAGACCAUGAGACAUCCUGAAAAUCGGUAUUCUCACAAAAUGUCUGCAGUGUCCGAACAGUUUGGCCUACAAACUGACCCCUCUGUGCAAAGGUGAGUCUCUCACGAACAUGUCUAUGUCGGUUGUUUUGCUCCAGGACGCCCACAAUCCUCACAAGACUUGUCUGAAGGUCCCUGGUACCAGUUAAAUUUUUUUAUGGAAGUGUACAGUGCAUUCGGAAAGUAUUCAGACCCCUUCACUUUUUCCACAGUUUGUUACGUUACAGCUUUAUUCUAAAAUGGCUUUUUAAAGAAAUCCUCAUCAAUCUACAAACAAUACCCCAUAAUGACAAAGCGAAAUCAGUUAUUUAUUUAUUUAUUUUGUAAAUGUAUUGAAAAUAAAAAACAGUUACCUUAUUUAAAUAAGUAUUCAGACCCUUAGCUAUGAGACUCGAAAUUGAGCUCAGGUGCAUCCUGUUUCCAUUGAUCAUCCUUGAUAUUUUUACAACUUGAUUGGAGUCCACCUGUGGUAUAUUCAAUUGAUAUGGAAAGGCACACACCAGUCUAUAUAAGGUCCCACAGUUGACCGUGCAUGUCAGAGCAAAGACCAAGCCAUGAGGUCGAAGGAAUUGUCCGUAGAGCUCAGAGACAGGAUUGUGUCGAGGCACAGAUCUGGGGAAGGGUACCAAAAAAUGUCUGCAGCAUUGAAAAUCCCCAAGAACACAGUGGCCUCCAUCAUUAUUAAAUGGAAGAAGUUUGGAACCACCAAGACUCUUCCUAGAGCUGGCUGCCUGGCCAAACUGAACAAUCGGGGGAGAAGGGCCUUUGUCAGGGAGGUGACCAAGAACCCAAUGGUCACUCUGACAGAGCUCCAGAGUUCCUCUGUGGAGAUGGGAGAACCUUCCAGAAGAACGACCAUCUCUACAGCACACCACCAAUCAGGCCUUUAUGGUAGAGUGGCCAGACGGAAGCCACUCCUCAGUAAAAGGCACAUGACAGCCCGCUUGGAGUUUGCCAAAAGGCACCUAAAGGACUCUGACCAUGUGAAACAAGAUUCUCUGGUCUGAUGAAACCAAUAUUGAACUCUUUGGCCUGAAUGCCAAGCGUCACAUCUGGAGGAAACCUGGCUCCAUCCCUACGGUGAAGCAUGUUAGUGGCAGCAUCAUGCGGUGGGGAUAUUUUUCAGCGGCAGGGACUGGGAGACUAGUCAGGAAAGAUGAAUGAAGCAAUGUACGGAGAGAUCCUUGAUGAAAACCUCCUCCAGAGAGCUCAGGUCCUCAGAAUGGGGCGAAGAUUCACCUUCCAACAGGACAACGACACUAAGCACACAGCCAAGACAACGCAGGAGUUGCUUCGGGACAAGUCUCUGAAUGUCCUUGAGUGGCCCAGCCAGAGCCCGGACUUGAACCCGAUCGAACAUCUCUGGAGAGACCUGAAAAUAGCUGUGACGCUCCCCAUCCAACCUGACAGAGCUUGAGAGGAUCUGCAGAGAAGAAUGGGAGAAACUCCCCAAACACAGGUGUGCCAAGCUUGUAGCGUCAUACCCAAGAAGACUCGAUGCUGUAAUCGCUGCCAAAGGUGCUCUCUAUUCCCUAUAUAGUUCCUACUUUUGACCAGGGCCUGUAGUGUACUAUGUGCUGUAGGAAAUAUGGUGCCAUUUGGGAAGCAGCCUGUAAGAAACCUCCAAAAAACCAAAAACAUUUGAUUCUUAGCAAUGAAUAUUCUUCUAUCGCAGUUUGUUUAUAAAUUGCUUUAAAAAAGUGGCUGUUUUGCAUAAUAAUCCAACAAUUCCCUGUAUUUUUUCAUUCUCUAUAACCAGUUGUGCUUCAUGCAUUAUUUCUCACGUGCUCGCUCUCUCGCGCGCUCUCUUACUCACACUCUUGCAUGCUCUCUCGCUCUUGCGUGCUCUCUCGCUCUCUUGCUCGCGUGCUCUUUAUUUUUUUAGGGGGUAGAUCAGCUUUAAUAUUGCAGAUAGAUUGUAACUUCCAUCAAUGUAAUUGUCUCUCCAGAAAAUCACAUUGUAGGAUUUUUUAUGAAUUUAUUUGCAGAAACAAUAAGUAUUUGGUCAAUAACAAAAGUUUCUCAAUACUUUGUUAUAUACCCUUUGUUGGCAAUGACACAGGUCAAACGUUUUCUGUAAGUCUUCACAAGGUUUUCACACUGUUGCUGAUAUUUUGGCCCAUUCCUCCAUGCAGAUCUCCUCUAGAGCAGUGAUGUUUUGGGGCUGUCGCUGGGCAACAGACUUUCAACUCCCUCCAAAUAAUUUUCUAUGGGGUUGAGAUCUGGAGACUGGCUAGGCCACUCCAGGACCUUGAAAUGCUUCUUACGAAGCCACUCCUUCGUUGCCCGGGCGGUGUGUUUGGGAUCAUUGUCAUGCUGAAAGACCCAGCCAUGUUUCAUCUUCAAUGCCCUUGCUGAUGGAAGGAGGUUUUCACUCAAAAUCUCACGAUACAUGGCCCCAUUCAUUCUUUCCUUUACACGGAUCAGUCGUCCUGGUCCCUUUGCAGAAAAACAGCCCCAAAGCAUGAUGUUUCCACCCCCAUGCUUCACAGUAGGUAUGGUGUUCUUUGGAUGCAACUCAACAUUCUUUGUCCUCCAAACACGACGAGUUGAGUUUUUACCAAAAAGUUAUAUUUUGGUUUCAUCUGACCAUAUGACAUUCUCCCAAUCCUCUUCUGGAUCAUCCAAAUGCACUCUAGCAAACUUCAGACGGGCCUAGACAUGUACUGGCUUAAGCAGGGGGACACGUCUGGCACUGCAGGAUUUGAGUCCCUGGCGGCGUAGUGUGUUACUGAUGGUAGGCUUUGUUACUUUGGUCCCAGCUCUCUGCAGGUCAUUCACUAGGUCCCCCCGUGUGGUUCUGGGAUUUUUGCUCACCGUUCUUGUGAUCAUUUUGACCCCACGGGGUGAGAUCUUGCGUGGAGCCCCAGAUCGAGGGAGAUUAUCAGUGGUCUUGUAUGUCUUCCAUUUCCUAAUAAUUGCUCCCACAGUUGAUUUCUUCAAACCAAGCUGCUUACCUAUUGCAGAUUCAGUCUUCCCAGCCUGAUGCAAGUCUACAAUUUUGUUUCUGGUGUCCUUUGACAGCUCUUUGGUCUUGGCCAUAGUGGAGUUUGGAGUGUGACUGUUUGAGGUUGUGGACAGGUGUCUUUUAUACUGAUAACAAGUUCAAACAGGUGCCAUUAAUACAGGUAACGAGUGGAGGACAGAGGAGCCUCUUAAAGAAGAAGUUACAGGUCUGUGAGAGCCAGAAAUCUUGCAUGUUUGUAGGUGACCAAAUACUUAUUUUCCACCAUAAUUUGCAAAUAAAUUCAUAAAAAAUCCUACAAUGUGGUUUUCUGGAUUUAUUUUUCUCAAUUUGUCUGUCAUAGUUGACGUGUACCUAUGAUGAAAAUUACAGGCCUCUCAUCUUUUUAAGUGGGAGAACUUGCACAAUUGGUGGCUGACUAAAUACUUUUUUCCCCCACUGUAUAUACAGUGGGGAGAACAAGUAUUUGAUACACUGCAGAUUUUGCAGGUUUUCCUACUUACAAAGCAUGUAGAGGUCUGUAAUUUUUAUCAUAGGUACACUUCAACUGUGAGAGACGGAAUCUAAAACAAAAAUCCAGAAAAUCACAUUGUAUGAUUUUUAAGUAAUUCAUUUGCAUUUUAUUGCAUGCCAUAGGUAUUUGAUACAUCAGAAAAGCAGAACUUAAUAUUUGGUACAGAAACCUUUGUUUGCAAUUACAGAGAUCAUACGUUUCCUGUAGGUCUUGACCAGGUUUGCACACACUGCAGCAGGAAUUUUGGCCCACUCCUCCAUACAGACCUUCAGAUCCUUCAGGUUUCGGGGCUGUCACUGGGCAAUACGGACUUUCAGCUCCCUCCAAAGAUUUUCUAUUGGGUUCAGGUCUGGAGACUGGCUAGGCCACUCCAGGACCUUGAGAUGCUUCUUAUCGAGCCACUCCUUAGUUGCCCUGGCUGUGUGUUUCGGGUCGUUGUCAUGCUGGAAGACCCAGCCACGACCCAUCUUCAAUGCUCUUACUGAGGGAAGGAGGUUUUUGGCCAAGAUCUCGCGAUACAUGGCCCCAUCCAUCCUCCCCUCAAUACGGUGCAGUCGUCCUGUCCCCUUUGCAGAAAAGCAUCCCCAAAUAAUGAUGUUUCCACCUCCAUGCUUCACCGUUGGGAUGGUGUUCUUGGGGUUGUACUCAUCCUUCUUCUUCCUCCAAACACGGCAAGUGGAGUUUAGACCAAAAAGCUCUAUUUUUGUCUCAUCAGACCACAUUACCUUCUCCCAUUCCUCCUCUGGAUCAUCCAGAUGGUCAUUGGCAAACUUCAGACAGGCCUGGACAUGCGCUGGCUUGAGCAGGGGGACCUUGCGUGCGCUGCAGGAUUUUAAUCCAUGACGGCGUAGUGUGUUACUAAUGGUUUUCUUUGAGACUGUGGUCCCAGCUCUCUUCAGGUCAUUAACCAGGUCCUGCCGUGUAGUUCUGGGCUGAUCCCUCACCUUCCUCAUGAUCAUUGAUGCCCCACGAGGUGAGAUCUUGCAUGGAGCCCCAGACCGAGGGUGAUUGACCAUCAUCUUGAACUUCUUCCAUUUUCUAAUAAUUGCGCCAACAGUUGUUGCCUUCUCACCUAUUGUCCUGUAGCCCAUCCCAGCCUUGUGCAGGUCUACAAUUUUAUCCCUGAUGUCCUUACACAGCUCUCUGGUCUUGGCCAUUGUGGAGAGGUUGGAGUCUGUUUGAUUGAGUGUGUGGACAGGUGUCUUUUAUAGAGGUAACGAGUUCAAACAGGUGCAGUUAAUACAGGUAAUGAGUGGAGAACAGGAGGGCUUCUUAAAGAAAAACUAACAGGUCUGUGAGAGCCUGAAUUCUUACUGGUUGGUAGGUGAUCAAAUACUUAUGUCAUGCAAUAAAAUACAAAUUAAUUACUUAAAAAUCAUACCAUGUGAUAUUCUGGAUUUUUAAAAAAUAUAUUAAAAAUUACAGACCUCUACAUGCUUUGUAAGUAGGAAAACCUGCAAAAAAAAAUAAUAUAUAUAUAUAUAUAUAUAUAUAUAUACACACACACACACACACACACACACACACACACACACACACACACUACCGUUCAAAAGUUUUGGGUCACUUAAUUUCCUUGUUUCCAUGAAAAUAACAUCAAAUUGAUCAGAAAUACAGUGUAGACAUUGUUAAUGUUGUAAAUGGCUAUUGUAGCUGGAAACGGCUCAUAAAAAAGGAGAAAAAAAACGGAAUAUCUACAUAGGCGUACAGAGGCCCAUUAUCAGCAAUCAUCAGUCCUGUGUUCCAAGUUUAUCAUUUUAAAAGGCUAAUUGAUCAUUAGAAAACCCUUUUGCAAUUAUGUUAGCAUAGCUGAAAACUGUUGUGCUGAUUUUAAACAAGCAAUAAAACUGGCCUUCUUGAGACUAGUUUAGUAUCUGGAGCAUCAGCAAUUGUGGAUUCGAUUACAGGCUCAAAAUGGCCAGAAACAAAACUUUCUUCUGAAACUCGUCAGUGUAUUCUUGUUCUGAGAAAUGAAGGCUAUUCCAUGCGAGAAAUUGCCAAGAAACUGAAGAUCUCGUACAACGCUAUGUACUACUCCUUUCACAGAACAGUGCAAACAGGCUCUAACCAGAAUAGAAAGAGGAGUGGGAGUUCCCCGGUGCACAACUGAGCAAGAGGACAAAUACAUUAGUGUCUAGUUUGAGAAAGAUGCCUCACAGGUCCUCAACUGGCAGCUUCAUUAAAUAGUACCUGCAAAAUAUCAGUCUCAACGUCAACGGUGAAUGGGCGACUCCGGGAUGCUGACCUAUGCAGAGUUGCAAAGAAAAUGUCCAGUGUCUGUGUUCUUUUGCCCAUCUUAAUCUUUUAUUUUUAUUGGCCAGUCUGAGAUAUGGCUUUUUCUUUGUAAGUCUGCCUAGGUCAGCAUCCCGGAGUCGCCUAUUCACCGUUGUAACCAUUUUUCCAAGCAUCUCCGUGCAGUCAGACCUUUGAUUAUUUUGUGCCACAAGGCCUCCAUCUUUGCAAUCAUCGGUAGCCUAGGCCCCUCUCUCUCGCUCUCUCUCUUCAGCAGCAGGCACAAGUGUGCACACGGAGUGAUAGGACAAAAGCCAGCAAGUACUGGCUAAAGGAAACCCUGGUGUGUGUGUGUGUGUGUGUGUGUGUGUGUGUGUGUGUGUGUGUGUGUGUGUAAGAUGGUGUAGACAUGCGUCAUACAAGUAUGUUUGCUUGUCUAAUAAAGCCAGAGCAGGGCUCCUGUUACCGUCUUGUGUGGUGUUGGACCACAACAGCUGAUGGCUUGGUUUCACCAGUGUGUUUUCAUGAGUCCCCUGCCUGUAGCUGUAAAUUAUUACUCCUCAGUCUUCUGCUAAGUGUCUGUCUCUCUCGCUCUCAGCCUCUUUCUCUUUCAGCCUUCUGGUGGUCAGAAUUGUUGUCCAAGACAGUAGUUUGUUGUGUGUGUGUACGUUCUUGCUUGUACUCAUCUCAGACGUAUGAAGAGGGCCUUGGGUAAACAUUAACGUGUUGGGGAGGGGGAGCUCAAGUAGUGUACUUAGGGCUCAUUGCCUUGUAUCUGUCCCACACACACACAAACAAUCCUCGUGUGUGUGCGCAUCAGGGUUUCCGUUUUGAAAAUUUGGCGCCAGGCAAUGUGACCGGCAAGAUUUUUAUUUACCGGACAUCCAUAUGCAUUGGGUGCGUAAUGCAUUAGGGCACCACCCACGGUGCUCAAAAUCACAUUUAGAUUAUUGUAAUUCAUUUUAAAAGAAUAGAAAUUAGCCUGUAUAUUUCUAAUAAAGUAGAAUGAUGUUCUUAUACCAACAUGACAGUUUUCAUAAAUUAAUAUAAUAUAUUUUUUAAACAUUUAUCCUAGAAGAACAAGUCACCUGCCUACACAGGAAUAAAACACAACUUCAAAAUAUAAUAUUUGUAUAAUAUAAUUUGUGAACAACCUGUCCUAAAGGCUAUUUGUAUGAACAUUUUAAUUAAUAAAUAACAAAAAACUGCUGUUUUCAAAUGCAAUCUAGGCCUCUAAUUUAAUUUAGCCUAGGCAUGAACAUUUUAGUUAGGCUUAAUAAAUAAAAAGGUUAAGUUUAGCUAAAAUGCAAAAAAAUAUAUACUUUUUACAUUAAUUUGACAAGCUGGAUCCCUUCUAGCCAUGACCUUUCCGGCCCGCCACACUCCUGCUGCGAUUCAGAAUCACAGCAGUGGAAAGAGGACACUAGGUGACCACAAAAUGAAGGAAUUAUUAAACUGAUGUUGGACAAUCAAAUUCGAUAUGUAAAUAAACAAUUCGUUAAGGCUGGUUCAUUGAGGGAGCUUAUUUUACGAUGCUUCUGUGAAACGAGGCGCGCACCAUACUUUUAUGAAAGCACUUGUUUCCAAAGCUUAUUGAUAACUGUUUCCUACUAUAGGCAGUUGGCUGCCUUGUGAUUGCAACAUAGUACUCUCCGAUGUGAAUAGUUGGCAACAGUUUUUGGUUUACAAGUGCUACUGCAUAAACUCAACUGAAAUGCACCAAUUACGCAUAAUACACAUCAUUAAUGUACUAUAGUCUAUUAAUCCAUUCCAAAUCUUUAUACAAUACAUGACAAAGGGGCGGCAUAUGUUGAGCUUGCCUAGGGCGGCAGCAGAACUGCUAGGACCGGGCCUGACUAACACAAUUUGCUUCUAAUUUACUUGCAUUUGAGCCGCUACUGUUGGGAAGUCAAAACUGUCCAACUCCUAGGAGCAGCUUGCGAUGCCAGUCAGCCUCGUUACUUUGUCCACUCUGUUGUGGAGAAAGAAUCCCCUCUCGGCGGGCACACUGGGGGAUAAUCAACACAAUGGGGAUAAUCAACACAAUCUUUGCCAAUUUUGCCCAGUUGGGGUACACUUAGCUGAAGUCCCUUAUGAGGACCUUGCGUCUUUUGUGUGAGUAAUAAUAGAAACACACGUCCAACACUAAUUUCCCAGCAGCUUGAGGAUUUAUUAGCCUAUGAAGUAUAUUUGCCUUUGAAGUCGGAGCACAACGACUGGUAUUUCCAUCAAUGAAUAAAAAGCGUUAUUUUGCAAUGGAUGGUUUUCUUUUCUCCCUGAAAAUUUGGCCGGUAACAAUUCUAUUUAUCAGCUUUUCAUUAGUUUUAUCGGCCAAAAGCCUGUAUUUACCGGCUAACGCACGUGUCAAACUCAUUCCACGCAGGGCAAAGUGUCUGCGGGUUUCCGCUCCUCCCUUGUACUUGAUUGAUUGAAUUAAGGUCACUAAUUAGUAAAGAACUCCCCUCACCUGGUUGUCUAGGUCUUAAUUGAAAGGAAAAAACAAAAACCUGCAGACACUAGGCCCUCCAUGGAAUGAGUUUGAAACCUUGGUGUGCACAGUGUGUUUUUGCGUGACAGAUAGUGCCCAUGUUUACAGAAAAUGCCUUGCUUCUCAAGACUCAUACUGCCGUGGGCGCGGUGAACCUGCCGGUCUGUGUCCACUUGAUUUAGAGUAGGAUCAUGGUUGAAAGUUGAGGUACACUCAGUUCAUUGUUUCCUGCAGUGCUCUAUCCUGAGCCAGCGAUGUUUUUUCUCUCUCUUUAUUAUUUUAUUUUGUUCAUUAUUAAUAUCCCAGCAACAGGUUCAGCCAAUGGGCUUCUUUUAAGCAGAAAGGAGAGGAGCCAAGGUUUUUGUGUGCACUCCUGUGUGUGUGUGUGUACACGGUGCUGGCUGUUGUCUCCAAUCAUUCCUGCUGUUUGAGCUGUCCUGGCUCGUGGUUUAAUAGGCAUUCAUUUAGACGCGCUCUCCCCACAGGGCUUGUUUGUUACGGGAACCAAGAAAGACCAAUGUCUUCUAUCCCACCCACACUCUAUCUCUCUGUAUCAUCUCACUCUACUCUGACUAAUGAAAGAAGAGGUGCUAUAUUCCAAGACACUGAUCACUCCCAGUAUCAGAAAUCACCUUGAAUUAGGAGAAAUUGACUAAACUUUAAAUUGGCUUGUUUGUUUUUAGACAGGGUACUGUUGCAGAUGGUUGGAGUAUGUGUUGAUCAAUGGUUCUCAUUUGAGGUGUUCUAACACUGUUCUAGUAGAAAGGGCUGAUGUGGGUUUUUGUGUGAUUUAAAUGUGACGUAACUUCAUGUACUUAACUCAUCAUGGUGUAAGUUUAGUUGUUUUCCUGUUCCCCCUGCAGUCUCCCACUAAAGCUGUGUACAACGCCAGACACUGGAACAGAGAGCCAGAGGAGCUGCCCCCGCCACCCGUACCCCGAUCAACCACUGCAACCGUAAGUUACCUCCUAGUCAACACCAAGGGGUGUCGCCCACCACAGACUAUACCCCCAGCUAGCUAGAGGUAUGAGAUUUCUGCAGCUCGUGGACACUGCACCCUUCCCAUUCUCCUCAGCCUCACUCACUCACAACCUCCCUCCACCACCAAUGAUGCUCGUCAGUGUUAGCUGGGGCGCUGCGCCACAGCAAAAUCAUUGCCGCCACGGCCCCAAAAUAUGGAACAUGAAACAAAUAUUUCUGCCGAGACGCACUUUGAAGAUGCUGGAACAGUCCACAAUUACUUUUCCUCUGCAAACAAAACGAGUAAUGAAUAGAAAAAUCUGAAACUAUUCUACUAUGGGGUUAGCUAUUUACAUAGUCCGCUUGUGUAUUCUAUGGAGAGAAGAAUUCCACUCGGUGCAUUCCAAUAAAGAGUGCGAUAGGGAGGGAUUUCCCAAAAUCUAAUAUACAGUGGGGGAAAAAAGUAUUUAGUCAGCCACCAAUUGUGCAAGUUCUCCCACUUAAAAAGAUGAGAGAGGCCUGUAAUUUUCAUCAUAGGUACACGUCACCUAUGACAGACAAAUUGAGCAUUUUUUUCUCCAGAAAAUCACAUUGUAGGAUUUUUUAUGAUUUUAUUUGCAAAUUAUGGUGGAAAAUAAGUAUUUGGUCACCUACAAACAAGCAAGAUUUCUGGCUCUCACAGACCUGUAACUUCUUCUUUAAGAGGCUCCUCUGUCCUCCACUCGUUACCUGUAUUAAUGGCACCUGUUUGAACUUGUUAUCAGUAUAAAAGACACCUGUCUACAACCUCAAACAGUCACACUCCAAACUCCACUAUGGCCAAGACCAAAGAGCUGUCAAAGGACACCAGAAACAAAAUUGUAGACCUGCACCAGGCUGGGAAGACUGAAUCUGCAAUAGGUAAGCAGCUUGGUUUGAAGAAAUCAACUGUGGGAGCAAUUAUAAGGAAAUGGAAGACAUACAAGACCACUGAUAAUCUCCCUCGAUCUGGGGCUCCACGCAAGAUCUCACCCCGUGGGGUCAAAAUGAUCACAAGAACGGUGAGCAAAAAUCCCAGAACCACACGGGGGGACCUAGUGAAUGACCUGCAGAGAGCUGGGACCAAAGUAACAAAGCCUACCAUCAGUAACACACUACGCCGCCAGGGACUCAAAUCCUGCAGUGCCAGAUGUGUCCCCCUGCUUAAGCCAGUACAUGUCCAGGCCCGUCUGAAGUUUGGUAGAGUGCAUUUGGAUGAUCCAGAAGAGGAUUGGGAGAAUGUCAUAUGGUCAGAUGAAACCAAAAUAGAACUUUUUGGUAAAAACUCAACUCGUCGUGUUUGGAGGACAAAGAAUGCUGAGUUGCAUCCAAAGAACACACCAUACCUACUGUGAAGCAUGGGGGUGGAAACAUCAUGCUUUGGGGCUGUUUUUCUGCAAAGGGACCAGGACGACUGAUCCGUGUAAAGGAAAGAAUGAAUGGGGCCAUGUAUCGUGAGAUUUUGAGUGAACAUUUUACAUUUUUACAUUUUAGUCAUUUAGCAGACGCUCUUAUCCAGAGCGACUUACAGGAGCAAUUAGGGUUAAGUGCCUUGCUCAAGGGCACAUCGACAGAUUUUUCACCUAGUCGGCUCGGGGAUUAGAACCAGCGACCUUUCGGUUACUGGCACAACGCUCUUAACCACUAAGCUAACUGCCGCCCCAUCAGCAAGGGCAUUGAAGAUGAAACGUGGCUGGGUCUUUCAGCAUGACAAUGAUCCCAAACACACCGCCCGGGCAACGAAGGAGUGGCUUCGUAAGAAGCAUUUCAAUGUCCUGGAGUGGCCUAGCCAGUCUCCAGAUCUCAACCCCAUAGAAAAUCUUUGGAGGGAGUUGAAAGUCCGUGUUGCCCAGCGACAGCCCCAAAACAUCACUGCUCUAGAGGAGAUCUGCAUGGAGGAAUGGGCCAAAAUACCAGCAACAGUGUGUGAAAACCUUGUGAAGACUUACAGAAAACGUUUGACCUGUGUCAUUGCCAACAAAGGGUAUAUAACAAAGUAUUGAGAAACUUUUGUUAUUGACCAAAUACUUAUUUUUUUUGCAAAUAAUUUCAUUAAAAAUCCUACAAUCUGAUUUUCUGGAUUUUUUUUUCUCAUUUUGUCUGUCAUAGUUGACGUGUACCUAUGAUGAAAAUUACAGGCCUCUCUCAUCUUUAAGUGGGAGAACUUGCACAAUUGGUGGCUGACUAAAUACUUUUUUUCCCCACUGUAGGCUGCAUAAACAGGCUACAUUUAUUUAGUAGGCUACUCACACUUUUACCAGCCACACUGGUUUACACUUUAUAUGGCCUGCGUGUAUGGUCUAAAUAACGAAAGCCUGAAUUAUUGUAAUAAUUAACUGUAGAGCCCUACCGAUUUAAUCGGUUGACAGGCUAAUAUCGGCCGAUUCUUAUAAUAAUCGUUCUCAGAAAUAUUUGUAUCGGUCUUUAUUCCACAGAUAAAGUGCUGAUAUUAUAAACAUAGAAUAAACAAAUACGUCUGCUCAUUUGCGGUCAUUUUUUGACGAUGUUGAUGAGCUGCUCAUUGAAAAUCAUUCAGCCCUAGGUCACAACGUGAGGGAGAGAGUAGGCAUGGUGGUUUGACGGUGAGAAGCUUGUUACAGACCUAUAUCCAUCCUGCCCUGCCUUUCGAAAGUAUUUGAAAGCCAAGUUAGCAAACAGAUCACCGACCAUAUCGAAUCCCACCGUACCUUCUCUGCUAUGCAAUCUGGUUUCCGAGCUGGUCAUGGGUGCACCUCAGCCACGCUCAAGGUCCUAAACGACAUAAUAACCACGAUCGAUAAAAGACAGUACUGUGCAGCCGUCUUCAUCGACCUGGCCAAGGCUUUGGACUCUGUCAAUCACAGCAUUCUUAUUGGCAGACUAAAUAGCCUUGGUUUCUCAAAUGACUGCCUCGCCUGGUUCACCAACUACUUCUCAGAUAGAGUUCAAUGUAUCAAAUCGGAGGGCCUGUUGUUUGGACCUCUGGCAGUCUCUAUGGGGGUGCCACAGGGUUCAAUUCUCGGGCCAACUCUAUUCUCUGUGUAUAUCAAUGAUGUCGCUCUUGCUGCUGAUGACUCUCAGAUCCACCUCUACGCAGACGACACCAUUUUGUAUACAUCUGGCCCUUCACUGGACACUGUUAACAAACCUCCAAAUGAGCUUCAAUGCCAUACAACACUCCUUCCGUGGCCUCCAACUGCUCUUAAACGCUAGUAAAACUAAAUGCAUGCUCUUCAAUUGAACGCUGCUUGCACCCGCCCGCCCGACUAGAAUCACUACUCUCGGCGGGUCUGACUUAGAAUAUGUGGACAACUACAAAUACCUAGGUGUCUGGUUAGACCGUAAACUCUCCUUCCAGACUCACAUUAAGCAUCUCCAAUCCAAAGUUAAAUCCAGAAUCUGCUUCCUAUUUCGCAACAAAUCCUCCUUCACUCAUGCUGCCAAACAUGCCCUCGUAAAACUGACUAUCCUACCGAUCCUUGACUUCGGCGAUGUCAUUUACAAAAUAGCUUCCAACACUCUACUCAGCAAAUUGGAUGUAGUCUAUCACAGUGCCAUCCGUUUUGUCACCAAAGCCCCAUAUACUACCCACCAUUGUGACCUGUACGUUCUUGUUGGCUGGCCCUCACUACAUAUUUGUCGCCAAACCCACUGGCUCCAGGCCAUCUAUAAAUCACUUCUAGGCAAAUCCCCGCCUUAUCUUAGAUCAUUGGUCACCAUAGCAACACCCACCCGUAGUAUGCGUUCCAGCAGCUUUAUCUCACUGGUCAUCCCCAAAGCCAACACCUCCUUUGGCCGCCAUUCCUUCCAGUUCUCUGCUGCAAAUGACUGGAACGAACUACAAAAAUCUCUGAAGCUGGAGACACUUAUCUCCCUCACUAACUUCAAGCAUCAGUUGUCAGAGCACCUUACUGAUUACUGCACCUGUACACAGCCCAUCUGUAAUUAGCCCACCCAACUACCUCAUCCUCAUAUUGUUAUUUACAUUAUUUAUUUUGCUCAUUUGCACCCCAGUAUCUCUAUUUGCACAUCAUCUUCUGAACAUCUAUCACUCCAGUGUUAAUACUAAAUUGUAAUUAUUUUGCACUAUGGCCUAUUUAUUGCCUUACCUCCAUAACUUACUACAUUUGCACACACUGUAUAUAGAUUUUCUAUUGUGUUAUUGACUGUACGUUUUGUUUAUUCCAUAUGUAACUCUGUUGUUUUUAUCGCACUGCUUUGCUUUAUCUUGGCCAGGUCGCAGUUGUAAAUGAGAACUUGUUCUCAACUGGCUUACCUGGUUAAAUAAAGGUGGAAAAAAAUAAAUAAAAAACAGCAGGCGUAUUUGAAUAAGUAAAUAAUCAGAAGUACACUUCACCAAGCAAGCAGCCCUGUCCUCAUCACAUUCUCACUUAGUUAACGUUGGCUGGCUAUCUAGCCAGCAUGUUAGUUAGUUUAGCAAUCUAGCCAGCAAGGUAUCUAGCUAGCAAUCUGUGCUACGUAUGUGCAAAAAAUUGCCAAAGACUCCAGCCACCCUAGUCAUAGACUGUUCUCUCUGCUACCGCACGGCAAGCGAUACCGGAUCGCCAAGUCUAGGUCCAAAAGGCUUCUUAAUAGCUUCUACCCCCAAGCCAUAUGACUCCUGAACAGCUAAUCUCUGUUUAUUAUCUAUGCAUAGUCACUUUACCUCUACCUACAUGUACAUAUUACCUCAAUUACCAAGACUAACCUGUGCCCCCGCACAUUGACUCUGUACUGGUACAACCUGUGUAUAGCCUCACUACUGUUAUUUUAUUCUUGCUCUCUCAUUAUUUGUUAUUUAUUUAUUAUUAUUAUUUUUUUUUUACUUCAGUUUAUUUUAGUAAAUACAUUCUUAACACUUUGUGGCACCUUGCCAACCCUGGAAUUAAUUAGCCUGUUAAGAAUGCGCUGCUCUGAACGCUUCAGAGUCUUAAAGAUAAUGUUAGCCCUAUAAUGCCCUCCUCCCUCGGACUGCUAGAAGGGACUCAGAGCCUGUGUGUGUGUGGGCACAUGUGAGUGUUUUUACUGCGCCUUAUCUGGUCUUAUGUAAGGGGCAGGAGGCCGUUGGCUGGUGUUCAACAGCAUGAAUCGCCAGCAGCAGCAGCAGGGCCGUGUGCUGAGCGGGUGUUUGGUUCUGCUUUUCUCCCUCUGACACACUAUCUCUAUUUCUGCCCAUUCCCUCUCUCUCUCCGACUCUGCCUCUCUCCCCCCUUCCUCCCUUUAAACCCCUUCCCCACUCUAUCUUCCCCUCUCUCUCUCUCUCUCUACCAGGCCAGCCAGUCGAGCGGGAGCAGCAAAGAGGCCAACUCGCACAAAGACGACGGCCUGUUCAAAGCGCCGCCAUGCCCACCGCCCAAAGUCAUCAAGUCUGUGUCGUUCCCCACCGAGCCCUACCAGGACAUCGUCACUGCACUGAAAUGUAGGAAAGAGCACAAGGAGGUGAGCACCAACACAACAACACUCUGUUCUACCCAUCAAACCAUCAUUGUGGUCUGGAACUCGGUAUCUGUAAAGCACAGCCUAUAAGUGACUCCCUGCUUAAAUAAAGGUUGAAUAAAAUGAAAACACAAGAAAUUGCCCUGGGGCUGUCUAUCAAGUCUCAGAGUAGGUGUGCUGAUUUUAGGAAGAGUUUUCCCUUCCGGAUAAAAAUGAAUAUGUUUAUGGACAGGGGGACCUGAUCCUUGAACACUUUCUUUUAUUUUUUUUAUUUUAUUUUUUCUCUCUCGGGGGAAUGGAUCAGCUUAAUAUUGCAGAUAGAUUGUAUCUUCUAUCAAUGUAAUUGUCUGCAUCACUUCCAAUCCCCCAUGUUUAUUUUUAUUUUUUAUAUAUAUAUUCCCCUUUAUUACUUUUCAACCCCACCAUCCUUUCCCUACUUGGAGUAAAUUAGUGAACAACAACGCCCAGGCCUCUACUUCCGGUCUAUACUUACUAUCUACACCUUAUGGACAGAGUUAAUUUUACAAUUUCUUAAUAUGGGCCCUGGUCUACAAUGUUAAAAAUGGAUUUGAACAAAUUCAUGGAUGAUCAAUCAGUUUAGUCCUGAUCAUACUUACCUGGUUUGGUCAGGUGUAAAUCAUCUUAUUUAGAAAUAGACUCCGUGAAGUGAUUACUCUACCUUCCUAAACAAUGGUUCAUGUAACCAUCUGUAGUUAUUUGUGUGGUGUCUUACAUGCUAAGCAGUAUUAGCCCCGAUAGGAACUGCAGUGUGGGCAGUCACAGAAGCAGGAGCAGCGUAAUGGGCAUCCCACAUCCUUAAACUCCACCAAAAGUUAACAUUUGCUGUUUUGUUUUUGUGCGCUUGGCUUCCGACCGAAAAGGCAGGCUGCGGGCGCAUAGCUCUCAUGCUAAGAAUAGCAGGAUUGAGCUAUAUAGCUCGAUCUAGUAUCUACCUCAUCCCUGCUCCACACUCGCUGCGAAUCCACUAACUAUUACCCUACUCCCCCACAUCAGAAUUGGUCAUUAGCGUGCUAACAAUUUAAGUGUGUCGCGUAACUAUUAAGGGAUAUGUGUUAUGCGAUUAGAAUGUGCGAGAAAUAUGGUGAUGAUGGCAUGGUUCCUUAUUGUUUGUACACUAUCAGGGGGACUUGGGCUGUGUUUGAAAUUGCGCUCUAUUCACUAUACUAUAUAGUACUUGAACCAGGGCACUACCAUUUGCUGCACAAUGAAGUCUAUAGGAGAUUUAUCAUGGUUGCAUCCCAAUUGGCACCCUAUUCCCUAUAGGGUGCACAACUUUUGACCUAUUCACUAUAUAGUGAAUAGAGUGCCAUUUGGGGCAUAUACAGUGCAUUCAGAAAGUAUUCAGACCCCUUGACUUUUACCACAUUUUGUUAAGUUACAGCCUUAUUCUAAAAUUGAUUACAUAGUUUUUUUCUUCAUCAAUCUACACACAAUACCCCAUAAUGACAAAGCUAAAACAGGUUUUUAGAAAAGUUAGCAAAUGUAAUAAAAAUUGAAAUAUCACAUUUACAUAAGUAUUCAGACCAUUUACUCAGUACUUUGUUGAAGCACCUUUGGCAGCGAUUACAGCCUCGAGUGUUCUUGGGUAUGACGCUACAAGCCCUGCCGCUGAAAAACAUCACCACAGCAUGAUGCUGCCACCACCAUGCUUCACUGUAGGGAUGGUACCAGGUUUCCUCCAGAUAUGAUGCUUGGCAUUCAGGCCAAAGAGUUCAAUCUUGAUUCCAUCAGACCAUGGUCUGAGAGUCCUUUAGGCAAACUCCAAGGGGGCUGUCAUGUGCCUUUUACUGAGGAGUGGCUUCUGUCUGGCCACUCUACCAUAAAGGCCUGAUUGGUGGAGUGCUGCAGAGAUGGUUGUCUUUCUGGAAGGUUCUCCCAUCUCCACAGAGGAACUCUAAAGCUCUGUCAGAGUGACCAUCGGGUUCUUGGUCACCUCCCUGACCAAGGCCCUUCUCCCCUGAUUGCUCAGUUUGGCCGGGCGGCCAGCUCUACGAAGAGUCUUGGUGUUUCCAAACUGCUUCCAUUUAAGAAUGAUGGAGACCACUGUGUUCUUGGGGACCUUCAAUGCUGCAGAAAUGUUUUGGUACCCUUCCCCAGAUCUGUGCCUCGACAUAAUCCUGUCUCGGAGCUCUACGUACAAUUCCUUCGCCCUCAUGGCCUGGUUUUUGCUCUGACAUGCACUGUCAACUGUGGGACCUUAUAUAGACAGAUGUGACCCUUUCCAAAUCAUGUCCAAUCAAUAGGAUUUACCACAGGUGGACUACAAUCAAGUUGUAGAAUAAUCUCAAGGAUGAUCAAUGGAAACAGGAUGCACAUGAGCUCCAUUUCGAGUCUCAUAGCAAAGGGUCUGAAUACUUAUGUAAAUAAGGUUUUUCAGUUUUUUAAUUGUAAUACAUUUGCUAAAAUGUCUAAACCUGUUUUCACAGGGUAUUGUGUAGAUUGAUGAGGAAUUUUUUUAAUCCAUUUUAGAAUAAGGCUGUAACGUAACAAAAUGUGGAAAAAGUCAAGGGGUCUGAAUACUUUCUGACUGCACUGUACCAUGUGAUUUAAUGAACCCAACAAGCAUUAACGUGGUAUCAACUCUUUGUUCCAGCUAUACACAGUAGUCCAGCAUGUCAAGCACUUCAACGACGUGGUGGAGUUUGGCGAGAACCAGGAGUUCACCGAUGACUUUGAGUACCUGGCCACUGGCUUGAAGAGUGGCCAGCCCCUCAACACACGCUGCCUUAGGUAAGACCAGCUGACUAGCUGCUAAUAAAUGCCCUAGCUACUGAUAGUGUCAGGUUCUUUGGCAUCUCAUUUAUGGUUAAAGAUGGAAUCCGCAGUAGGGGAAACGGCACCACGUUUUUAGUGUUUUUGUUUUGCAGACAAAGUGGAGGUGAGGAGCGUCGCCCAACUUGGUUAUAAAAAUUGGAGUGUAUAUUCUGCUGUUCUAUCGCGCGUGCAAUGAUGUCAGGGGAAAAAAGUGUUUGUUUGCAGUAACUUUGUUGUAAUAUUGCAAACUGACGUGGCAGUUUCACCAUUAAAGACAUCCUCCAACGAUUGUUGAACUUUUACUGUCAUGACAUACCUGGACCACCUAUUGAGAUGUGCCUUUUAGGUAAAUCAGGUGAAUGAGGUGAAAUGGACUAGAGUUCCACUUUAAGGAUUCCAGCUUUUAAAAUAAUGAUUAAGGGAAGGUUAAUCUGAUCCUAGGUCUGUGGUUAAGAGCACGGUUUUGCCCAUGCACCACCCUCCUCCCUCCUCUCCCCUCUGUUCAAUUCAGUAAAACUUGAUUCAUCUCUCCUCUCCUGCAGUAUCAUUAGCCUGGCCACCAGAUGUGCCAUGCCCAGCUUCAGAAUGCACCUGCGGGCCAGAGGGAAGGUGGCCCAAGUCUUCAAGACGCUCAAUGAUUCCCCACAGCACCCAGUAAGUUAAGGCUGCUCCUCCAAAGAUUGUGGCUAACUUGACUUGGUUUCUGUCAGAUCAGUGUUGAAGCUCAACCCUUUAACUGAAGCCUGCCAAGGGACAAAAGGCCUUGGUGAUUAGUAACACAACCUGCGUUAGUGACUCAAUUUAAAAUCCCGAUAUCAGGUUCACGUAUCCUUGCUCUCUCCUCCCUCUUCCUUCCCCUUUUCCCCUCUCUCCCUCCGUCCACCUCCCUCCCCCUAGAACCUCUCCCUGUGUACGGCCAGUCUGAUGUACAUCCUGAGCCGAGACAGACUCAACAUGGACCUGGACCGGGCCAGUCUAGACCUGAUGAUCCGCCUGCUGGAGCUGGAGGGGGACCACUCUGUGGCCAAGGACAACCAGCUCACUGCCAAGGAGAUGUCAAAGGUCAAGGAGAAGAUCCGCAAGCUGUGCGACACGGUGCACAACAAGCACCUGGACCUGGAGAACAUCACGGUACGGGUUCCCUAGAGAUAGUCUACCUUGAGUCAUAUUCAUUAGGGCAUGCAACGGUAAACAAAAAUUAGUGUUUCCUAUUGGACAAGUUCAGGUAGUUCUUCCCUGUUUCAGGCCAGUUUGAGACUAGCUGCAGCUCAGAGCCUGAGACUGUCUCUUUCCUCCUCUUUGUUUGUCUCCCCGUGUCUCUCUUUAACUCUUCUCCUCCCCCUCUGUCCUGUCUCUUGGUCCGAUACCCCUGACGUAAAGGUUGGCGGCAGAUGGACUACUAGAGGUUUAAAUGUAGGCCUUAAAUCAGUAUGGAUUAGCAGGUGUUGUGUAGAUGUAAUCUUGGAUUUACAUAAAUAAUCGUCCUGCUUUGGCCCCUCUAAUGGCCGUCGCCACUAUAAGCCAUGUUUUGGAUAAAAUUGUUUCAGCAUUGUUGGGGAAAAAACACUGCUUGAUUGAUGCGUUGAGAGGUCUCGGUGACAGUUAUCAAAAAAACAUGAAAUAUGAACAUAUCCCCUUGUAGAGAGAGAUGAACAGUCGCCUCUGACACACAAUGGCUUUGCACGUUAGCCAAUGGAAAGAAUGUAUUUGAAUUGGGGCUGGCAAACUGCACAGCAUUUAAAACCAAGUUUGAUCUGAUGACAGGGCCUUUGAUGUCUGGGUUUUAGCCUUUUGUUUUCGAUUCCCUCUAUAAAUAUCCUCUCCACUGAUGUUCUAGUCAGAAUCCCAAAUGUCACCCAUAGUGCACUACUUUUGACCAGAGCCCUAUGUAGGAAAUAGGGUGCUAUUUGGGAUGCAGUCCUAUUCUUCAGAGAGCAGACUGACCAUUCGCCUCAAGGCCCCCCAACUCAUUUAGAUUCAGAAUAAUCACAGGGGCUCAAUCUCUUUAUAUUUCUGUUAGCUUCCAUGUUGAAUUAAUCAUUAGAGAAUCUGAAAAACUGAAUGUUCGCUUAUUGUUUGAUCGCCACAGUUUGUUUUUAAAUAUUUAAUGUUAGAAGCUAACACUUUCAGAAUUAAUUAAUAUCUAUCUAUCGACAGUGAAAUUCGAGAUGGCAGUAUUGUUGUGGUUGGACACGAAUUCCACCUGCAUGAAAUAUAGAUUUCUCCUGACUCCCUCCAUCACUGGAAGGAAAUAUUUUUUUCUUCCAAUUCUUCACCCUGUUAUCAUCUGUCAUAGUUAGCAUCUUUGAAUCACAACACACCGAGUCAUGUCUAUUUAUACCCUGUAUGUGUGUGAAGUAAAUUGAUUUUCAUUACUCCCUGUGUGUGUGCGCGCAGACAGGGCAUUUAGCCAUGGAGACCUUAUUAUCGCUGACCUCCAAGCGGGCCGGAGACUGGUUUAAAGAGGAGCUUAGGCUUCUGGGAGGCCUGGACCACAUAGUGGAUAAAGGUAAGCUAGACCUAGAUAUUUACAUUUUAGUCAUUUAGCAGGCAAUCUUAUUACUGGAGCACUUAUGGUUUACCCCCUAGAGGCUAAGCCGGGGGGGGGGGGGGUUCUACUAAGCUAACAUAUGGAAUUAUUUUAAGACGGUCAUACCAAGGAUCAUUUGAUUUCGAAUUUUAGGACCCCUUAAGGCACAGGUGUCAAACUCAUUCCAUGGAGGGUCGGGUGUCUGUGGGUUUUCACUCCUCCCUUGUACGUGAUUGAUAAAUUAGGUUAUUAAUUAUUAAGGAACUCCCCCACUCCUGGUUGUUUAGUGCUUAAUUGAAAGGAAAAACCAAAAACCUGCAGGCACUAGGCGCUCCAAGGAAUGAGUUUGACACCACUGCCUUAAGGUAUAAAAAAAAAAAAAAUCAAAUAUUCAUUUUAUUUUUUCUCUCUGAAUUUGGCUUGCCCAUAGAAACACAUUGAAUAACAGAUUCAUACAUGGAAAAACAGUCAAAGAAGUGUCUGUCCUAUAUCUUUGAGAGAUAAGAAAGGUCAGGAAAUAGUUUUUAUUUUAAACACAUAUUGAACCCCUUUUUUAGGCACUAAACUACUUCCACUGAGUGUACAAAACAUUAGGAACACCUUCCUAAUUUUGAGUUGCACCCCCUUUUGCCCUCAGAACAGCCUGAAUUUGUUGUGGCAUGGACUACAAGGUGUCGAAAGCAUUCCACAGGGAUGCUGGCCCAUGUUGACUCUAAUGCCCUGUUUCCCACAGUUGUGUCAAGUUGGCUGGAUGUCCUUUGCGUGGUGGACCAUUCUUGAUACACAGGGGAAACUGUUGAGCAUGAAAAAUCCAGCAGCGUUGCAGUUCUUAACACACUCAAAGGUGCGCCUGGAACCUACUACCAUACCCUGUUCAAAGGCACUUAAGUAUUUUGUCUUGCCCAUUCACCCUCUGAAUGGCACACAUACACUAUGUCUCAGUUGUCUCAAGGCUUAAAAAUAUGUCUUUAACCUGUCUCCUCCCCUUCAUCUACAAUGAUUUGAAGUGGAUUUAAAAGGUGACAUCAAUAAGGGAUCAUAGCUUUCACCUGGUCAGUCUGUCAUGGAAAGAGCAGGUGUUCCUAAUGUUUUGUACACUGUGUGUACAAACAUAAAAUGUUUUAACUGGUUCCAGGCUACCUUCAGACGAGGCUUGUGGGCGUCCAAGAGCCAAACAGUUCGGAUGCUACAGACAGAAGUUGGUAGAUCGGUGGUACCGACUUCAGACUAGUCCUGUGAUGCAUGUGGGGGUCAUAGAGCAAAACGGUGAACACCAUCGUGUUUGUGAGUCAUCUUUCCAUAGUGGACAUAUUAGUUGUAGGCCAAACCGUUCACACGCUACAGAUGUUUUCGUGAGUAGAACGAUUUUCGGGAUGUCUCAUGGUCUGACUAACCGGUGUAGCUCUGCCACCUUUCACCGCAUAUGUGGAUGGCCGACAUCAGCGGAUGCAGUGGAUUGAGAAAAAUAUACUUUUGGUCAUGUAGUGUAUGUGGACACCUGCUCAUCGAACAUCUCAUUCCAAAAUCAUGGGCAUUAAUAUGAAGUUGGUCCCCCUUUGCUGCUAUAACAGCCUCUACUCUUCUGGGAAGGCUUUCGACUAGAUGUUGGAACAUUGCUGCGGGGACUUGCUUCCAUUCCGCCACAAGCGCAUUAGUGAGGUCGGGCACUGAUGUUGGGCGAUUAGGCCUUGCUCGCAGUCGGCGUUCCAAUUCAUCCCAAAUGUGUUCGAUGGGGUUGAGGUCAGGGAUCUGUGCACAUCGUUUCCAUUGUAUUAGUUAAACUCUUACCUGAUCGAUGGGGUUGAAUGGUUGAACCGACGUGUCUUGUUUCCUGUAGUGAAAGAAUGUGUGGAGAACCUGAGCCACGAGGAUGACAAGGAGAAGCUGGUGGCAUCGCUGUGGGGAGCUGAGAGGUGUCUACGGGUGCUGGAGAGCGUGAGUGUACACACAGAUCUUUGUUUUUGUGAAUUUUCAGGACUUUUUGGGGAGUAAAAAUGUAUUCCGAUUCAAAACCUAUUUUCCCUAACCUUAAACCCAAACCUUAACACCAAACCCCAAACCUAACCCUUAAGCAUAAAAAAGCAUUUUAACAAAUUCAGGACAUGGAAAAAAUAAAUGUCUUGUUUUCCUACCAUGUCAUGGCAUUCUGGUUAGGACUGGGCGACAUGGCCUUUUUUUUCUUCUAAAUAAUCUUUGUUUCAUAGUUAAAUGUCAAUACACUGCGUUUCAAAAAGUUGGGAAUAAUCAAAUGAAUUCAGGGCUUGUAAAAUUAUACCUAGGCUAAAUAUAAGCCUUCAACCAUAAGACCGACUAAUAAUUCAGUUAUUUUAUCAAAAUACUUGAACCUGCUUUUUUGCAAUAAUCACUGAUUUGGCUUUCAAGUCUGUAUGAAAAUUCCCUUGUAACAAGAACCAUGCAUAAUGCACAUCCACUAAUAAUGACCAACUUCUGGUAGCAGGCAUUAUAGCAAAUGAACACAGGUCUCAUAAACAGUCUCAUAAACACAAGCCCACUGCUAGUCAGUAGCCUACUAAUUUUUAUAUUUAAAGUCUAGCCAACUUGGAUCUAUUUGCUUGCUAACGAGGUAGAACAGUUGAACUUUUAUGAAUACACUCUCCUGUCCAUCUCCAAAAGUUUGAACAACAACAGCCAGUUCACUUUGUUUAUAUGUUCAAAUCAAGUGGCCUAUCUACCUGGAUCAGAUGCUUACUUCUCAGAAUGAGAACGAGUUGCCAAUUCCUUAUACAAAUGCAUCUUUUAAUGCUCAUUUCACAUUUAUAAAACAGACUAGAUAGCUAGCACGUAAGUCUGUGGCUAAAAUGCUGCUAGCGGUAAGUGGUACUGCAAUGCCGUGUACGACAAACUGAUCAUACAUUUUCCACAAUCAUGUUAAUUGAUAUUCCCGUCUUAACUUAUACUAAAAAUGUGGAACUCAAUCAAUCCGUAAUCAUUAACACACUGGAACAAUCAAAUUAUUUAAAUACUGAAAGUGCGUGGGCUACGGAGAGAAACAAAAAGGUGCAGUUUCAAGCCAUGUGGCGUAAAGUGGUGCGGGUAUGUGCUUGUGGGUCUAGGCAGGUGUGAUGUAGUUGACGUUUGUAUGUGUGUUUUUAUAUUGUUUAUACUCUUAGUCUGCUCUGUUCUACAUUUUGGGAGUUGAGACAUAUAAAAAGGGCAUUGUUACAAAGGUUAACUUCUCCUCUAUUACAGUAAAAUGUGUUUGGGUGUCCAUAUGACCAAUGUAUGUCGGACAAAACCUCAAAUUCAAAUAGCGAGUUGAAACUGCUUGUUGUCGGAGAGGAAGAAGUGAUCUCUUCGUCUCGUUGUUGUGAGUGGCAGGGGGUGGGGCUUGGUGUCUGUGUGUGAGUGGGAAGGUGCAUAGUGCACACGGCACCGAAGGAGAGAAGGAGAUUUGGAACAUAGUGCUAAAAGAUGAAUUCAAAUUAAUUUGAUAUCGCCCAGCCCUAAUUCUGGUGACUUGUUAAGACAUUGUAGUUCUGAUGAGGUAGGAAAACGUGUACAUACAUACACACACACACACACACACACUACUGUGUUGGACAACACUUCUGACCACUAGAAGGCUGUAAUUACAUGACAAAUUCAUAAUCCGGGUCAGGAGCCCCAGUCAUAGCACUUAUUAUAUCUUAUUUAAAGAUAUUCUCUGGUACUUUUGUAUACUUUUUAGCCAGUAGUUCUGAAAGUACCGCUCAUGAUUCAAAAGUGAUCCUCGAAAAUUGCGUACUACGUCACGUGCAGAUAUGUGCACCACGUCAUUGCUCUCUAUCACGCUCUGCUGUGUGCAACUUGCUAGCUGUCACUCAAAUGGCGAGCGGCUGAAUCUCAUUGGCGGGAACUCGAAUUGCUAGGGGGCUGGACCUCGAAGGGAAAUGUAGGGAAAAUAGCACCGCACAGCUUCCAGUAACCAGUCGCUUUCAGACUAGGGGUUUUGUGGCUAAGUGAGGUAAGACAGUAAUUCUGCUCAUAGGUUAUGCAUGUAUGAACUACACAUUGACACAUCCAGGCCAAAGCCGGAGGUUUAAAAAAUACUUACUAGUCGCCAAAGUUCCGGAGCAUGUCUUUAAUGUCAGUUAUAAAUUAUUGAUGGGAAACAUUGAUCUUAGUAACAGCUGCCCAUGCCCCUCUAAGCCUGCAGUUGUGCUCGGUUUUACUUUCAGCCAGAGUACAGUGUAAAUUUAGAUUGCAGGUUGCUGAGGCAAGAUUAUUCAUAAACUCAGUAAGUGAAUCCAAUGUGAGUCUCCUAGAGGGGCUCUUUGUGCAGUUGUGUGCUCUUGAUUUGAGAUUAACCGUUAAUACACAGAGAAUUCAAUGUAUUAACUUUCUCUGUCUUGUUGAUUUUUGCAGGUAACUGUUCACAACCCAGAGAACCAAGGCUACCUGAUCGCUUAUAAGGACUCUCAGCUUAUCUGCUCCUCAGCCAAGUGAGUGUACUGUAUGAGCGUGAACACACACACACACACACACACACUACCGGUCAAACGUUUUAGAACACCUACUCAUUCAAGGGUUUUUCUUUAUUUUUACUAUUUUCUACAUUGUAGAAUUAUAGUGAAGACAUCAAAACUAUGAAAUAACACAUGGAAUCAUGUAGUAACCAAAAAAGUGUUAAACAAAUCAAAAUAUAUUUUAGAUUUGAGAUUCUUCAAAUAGCCACCCUUUGCCUUGAUGACAGCUUUGCACGCUCUUGGCAUUCUCUCAACCAGCUUCAUGAGGUAGUCACCUGGAAUGCAUUUCAAUUAACAGGUGUGCCUUAAAAGUUAAUUUGUAGUUGUAUUGUGACAAGGUAGGGGAAGUAUACAGAAGAUAGCCCUAUUUGGUAAAAGACCAAGUCCAUAUUAUGGCAAUAACAGCUCAAAUAAGUAAAGAGAAACAACAGUCCAUCAGUACUUUAAGACAUGAAGGUCAGUCAAUAUGGAAAAUGUCAAGAAGAAAAUGUCAAAGUUUCUUCAAGUGCAGUCGCAAAAACCAUCAAGCGCUAUGAUGAAACUGGCACUCAUGAGGACCGCCACAGGAAUGGAAGACUCAGAGUUACCUCUGCUGCAGAGGAUAAGUUCAUUAGAGUUACCAGCCUCAUAAAUUGCAGCCCAAAUAAAUGCUUCACAGAGUUCAAGUAACAGACACAUCUCAACAUCAACUGUUCAGUGAAUCAGACCUUCAUGGUCGAAUUGCUGCAAAGAAACCACUACUAAAGGACACCAAUGAGAAGAAGAGACUUGCUUGGGCCAAGAAACACGAGCAAUGGACAUUAGACCGGUGGACAUUUUUCCUUUGGUUGGGAGUCCAAAUUGGAGAUUUUUGGUUCCAACCGCGGUGUGGGUGAACGGAUGAUCUCUGCAUGUAUAGUUCCCACUGUAAAGCAUGGAGGAGGAGGUGUUAUGGUGUGGGGGUGCUAUGCUGGUGACACUGUCAGUGAUUUAUUUAGAAUUCAAGGCACACUUAACCAGCAUGGCUACCGCAGCGAUACGCCAUCCCAUCUGGUUUGGGCUUAGUGGGACUAUCAUUUGUUUUUCAACAGGACAAUGACACAACACACCUCCAGGCUGUGUAAGGGCUAUUUGACCAAGAAGGAGAGUGAUUGACUGCUGCAUCAGAUGACCUGACCUCCACAAUCCCCCGACCUCAACCAAAUUGAGAUGGUUUGGGAUGAGUUGGACCGCAGAGUGAAGGAAAAGCAGCCGACAAGUGCUCAGCAUUUGUGGGAACUCCUUCAAGACUGUUGGAAAACAUUCCAGGUGAAGCUGGUUGAGAGAAUGCCAAGAGUGUGCAAGGGUGGCUAUUUGAAGAAUCUCAAAUAUAAAAUAUAUUUUGAUUUGUUUAACACUUUUUUGGUUACUACAUGAUUCCAUAUGUGUUAUUUCAUCGUUUUGAUGUCUUCAUUAUUAUUCUACAAUGUAGAAAAUAGUAAAAAUAAAGAAAAACCCUUGAAUGAGUAGGUGUCCUAAAACUUUUGACCGGUAGUGUACAUAUAUGCGCACACACACACACACACACACACACACAGUCCUGUAUCACCAGACGGCAUCAUUGAGGUUGAUUGGUAGCAGUGCUGAUCCAAUGCAUCAGUUUGCUGAAACUCCCCGCCCUUCUCCACAGUUGACUGCUUCAGGAGCCACUGACUCCUAUCUGCCUUUACAGCUACAGGCUUAGAAUACUGCUGCCAUCAGGGGUUUGUCUGGAUCAAAAGGGGGCUUUGGUGGUCGUUGUGGCAGGGGGCGCGGUCAGCCUGUCGUCGUGCCUGCAUUUUAGAGAAUUUGAGGCCCCCAUCUUGGCGGUGUUUUUGCAGUUUUAAAGCAAAUGUCCUGAAAUUCUAUGCAUUUGGUAUGUUUAAUGCUGUGGUCUUUUCCUCAAACAUAACAAAAUAUAUACAGUGGGGGAAAAAAGUAUUUAGUCAGCCACCAAUUGUGCAAGUUCUCCCACUUAAAAAGAUGAGAGAGGCCUGUAAUUUUCAUCAUAGGUACACGUCAACUAUGACAGACAAAAUGAGAAAAAAAAAUCCAGAAAAUCACAUUGUAGGAUUUUUAAUGAAUUUAUUUGCAAAUUAUGGUGGAAAAUAAGUAUUUGGUCAAUAACAAAAGUUUCUUAAUACUUUGUUAUAUACCCUUUGUUGGCAAUGACACAGGUCAAACGUUUUCUGUAAGUCUUCACAAGGUUUUCACACUGUUGCUGGUAUAUUGGCCCAUUCCUCCAUGCAGAUCUCCUCUAGAGCAGUGAUGUUUUGGGGCUGUCGCUGGGCAACAUGGACUUUCAACUCCCUCCAAAGAUUUUCUAUGGGGUUGAGAUCUGGAGACUGGCUAGGCCACUCCAGGACCUUGAAAUGCUUCUUACGAAGGCACUCCUUCGUUGCCCGGGCGGUGUGUUUGGGAUCAUUGUCAUGAUGAAAGACCCAGCCACGUUUCAUCUUCAAUGCCUUGCUGAUGGAAGGAGGUUUUCACUCAAAAUCUCACGAUACAUGGCCCCAUUCAUUCUUUCCUUUACACGGAUCAGUCGUCCUGGUCCCUUGCAGAAAAACAGCCCCAAAGCAUGAUGUUUCCACCCCCAUGCUUCACAGUAGGUAUGGUGUUCUUUGGAUGCAACUCAGCAUUCUUUGUCCUCCAAACACAACGAGUUGAGUUUUUACCAAAAAGUUCUAUUUUGGUUUCAUCUGACCAUAUGACAUUCUCCCAAUCCUCUUCUGGAUCAUCCAAAUGCACUCUAGCAAACUUCAGACGGGCCUGGACAUGUACUGGCUUAAGCAGGGGGACACGUCUGUCACUGCAGGAUUUGAGUCCCUGGCGGCGUAGUGUGUUACUGAUGGUAGGCUUUGUUACUUUGGUCCCAGCUCUCUGCAGGUCAUUCACUAGGUCCCCCCCGUGUGGUUCUGGGAUUUUUGCUCACCGUUCUUGUGAUCACUUUGACCCCACGGGGUGAGAUCUUGCGUGGAGCCCCAGAUCGAGGGAGAUUAUCAGUGGUCUUGUAUGUCUUCCAUUUCCUAAUAAUUGCUCCCACAGUUGAUUUCUUCAAACCAAGCUGCUUACCUAUUGCAGAUUCAGUCUUCCCAGCCUGGUGCAGGUCUACAAUUUUGUUUCUGGUGUCCUUUGACAGCUCUUUGGUCUUGGCCAUAGUGGAGUUUGGAGUGUGACUGUUUGAGGUUGUGUACAGGUGUCUUUUAUACUGAUAACAAGUUCAAACAAGUGCCAUUAAUACUGGUAACGGGUGGAGGACAGAGGAGCCUCUUAAAGAAGUUACAGGUCUGUGAGAGCCAGAAAUCUUGCUUGUUUGUAGGUGACCAAAUACUUAUUUUCCACCAUAAUUUGCAAAUAAAUUCAUAAAAAAUCCUACAAUGUGAUUUUCUGGAUUUAUUUUUCUCAAUUUGUCUGUCAUGGUUGACGUGUACCUAUGAUGAAAAGUACAGGCCUCUCUCAUCUUUUUAAGUGGAACUUGCACAAUUGACUUUUUUUCCCCACUGUAUUGCUGAAUUCAUUGUUGGUGAUUGUUAGUUCUUAAAGAUGAUAUUAUACAAAAAUAUAUAGUUCCAUUAUCUUUUCUACAUACUUCAUAUGUCUUUAGUCGUUUAAGUUUACACAGCUUACUUCCAUCCCAAUUUUUGGACUUAGGCGACCCAAAAAUCCAAGAAUUCACAUAGAUCUUCUCUUCUUUGCCUUUAGAUUGAUUGAAAUGCACUUGACUCCUCACUGACACAUUAUAUCACAAGGAUAAUUCAUGCACAAAGUUUUCUGUAUGGAGCUCUAUGGGAAACAUGGGGAAACGUCAAUUUUCAUCAGGGCUCUGUUUUGUUUUGUUUCCACAUUUGAACACUAUGUCAAUGACAGCAUCCCCCCUCGCCCUGUCCGUGUGCCCCUCUGUAAAGCAAACUCUGCCACUUCUGUGCCUCUGCCUGACCUAUCAGCCCUCCAUCAAUACCCCCAUUUCUCUCCCCUUGUAAGGGUCAGCCACCCCCCAAAUGUCCCAGUCCCCCACCACCCUCGUCCCACCACAGCCACUUAUCUGUUUAAACUCUUCCGUCUUUAACUGAAUUAGCCCCGUCCCAGGCAGGGUGCGUUGACUGCAGCCGGGACCCUGACCGCCCUGCUCUGGUUCCUAACCCCUGCCUCACCCUUGGUGAACUGCUCUUGCACCCCCAGCCAGGAGGCCUCUCCGACUGGGUCAACAAAGACCCGCUCUCACAUUUCACACAGUGGCUUCACUAGCCGCAUUCAUCCCGGCCGCGCUAAUUCAAUUACGGGGGGAGAAAUCAGAGGGGUCGAGCCACACAGCAGCUCAGAUGCCCUCAUUAACAGCCCCCCCCCCCCCUUACUCUAAUGAAUGAACUCUUCCUCCGCUCUCCUCUCUGCCUUAAUAAUAAAUGACCCCCAUUAUCUCUAAUCUCAUUAUUUUGCUAUUUUGCAUGAAGCUGUUUUGCUUCUGGUUAGCCAUGCUGCCGGCGUGCGCGGCUGUUGCUAACCUUUUGUUAUAGGUUAAAUUCACGCUCUGUUCUCUCCCGCAGCACACUGCCUUUUUCAAAUGUAUUGACGGGAUGCUGUCUGACUAAUGGUGUAGGGCUAUGUCUAUAUGUGAAGAGAAACACGUAUUAUUGCUUUUGUAUCUUUUGCGUGCCUGUUUUUCAUUUCCUUGUACGAUCGCAUUGUCUGAAUAAUACAACAAUCUCAUAGGAAGAAACGUUGCCCUUUUUUAAACAUUUUUUAAAGCUUAUUUUCCAGACGCACUCUGUUGUGGUAGUGUUUUUAAUUCUGUGUGAAGUCCCUCCAGAGCCCGCUUCCAUACACUUUCAGUCCAGUCUUUGUCAAUCAAACAAUCCUCCCAUGAAAUAUGAAGACUAUUCUCUCCCAGCACAACAUCAGCAGGCUAAAAGUUCAAUGCCGAAAUCAGAAUCUAUCAAGCUUGAAUAGACAUUGGCAUAAGGGACCAUAUAUGGAAAUGAGCUAUAUAGCCAAGUACCUCUAGUUCCAUACUGAUGUUGUGCUUGCUUUGAUACAUAAACUAAUUAAUAAAGGUGUCGGCUAAGCGAACCGAUCGAGUGUGCGCGCAUACGCCCUUAAAAGACCUUAACUUGAAAAAAGCUGCAAUAGUACUUUGGCCAUCUUGAGACACCAUAGCCUUAAAAUUGUCAGAAUUGAUCGAAGAUAAGAAAUAUGUCAUUAAUUUUGAGUGAUCUUAGUCGCGCAAUUUUGUAUCGAAGAUGUUUGGUGCAGUAUUUCUCAAGUGAAAUAUGUUUCUGAAAACAAUUAGUCUCUCGUUGAAUGACAACAAACACCUAAUUGAAGAAUCCUUACUGUUGACCAAUCACCGACAAAGGGGCAUAGACUUCGGCUGCAUGAGGACGUGCUAACCCAUUGCUAACCCAUUGCCUGUGUGUUGUGUUGUUGUUGACAGGGCCCUGUGGCACUGCGAGGAGAUGAUCCAGCGCUACAGCCGGGAGACUGGGGUGAACAGUGCCCUGUGCUCGGCGGGCACCGCCCUGCCAUAUGCCAGCCACAGCAAUGUGGGUAAGGCCGUGGAGGAUUGCAUGAGGGCCAUCAUCGGCGUGCUGCUCAACCUCACCCACGACAAUGGUGAGAGGCGCACACACACACACUGUGUCCAAAAGGGGUCUCACACAGUAUUAUCUGGACAUAGAAUGACCAGACAGGGCCAAUGCCACUGCGGUGGUCAUAAAUUAUGGGUAUUGAGAAAAUGUGCAUACCUACACUAUCUUGUGCACUUGGCAGCACUCACCGCUCGUACAUAGAAGUGCUUUAAGAUGACCCCUAAAGACAUUCAGCUUCCAAAAAAUGUGUUACGCACAUAACUGUUGAUGAGGCCCCGUAGUAACUUUGUUUUACGAUACCAGUAUCGCCAUACUUGUUAGCAGCUUGGCAAGGAAACAUAACAAAGCGGAUUGAACUUCUUUAGGAAAACAGCCCUAAUGUUCGAAACAAACAUCAUUAUGUUGUCAUCCGGAUUCACAUUUAUUUAUUUUCCAAGCUAUAGCACACACUAUUUUACAUACAACAGGUUUUUAAAGGACCAUGUUUGGUUUACUUCAUUUUUGCCGUGGAGAAAAUAUUGCGAUACUGGUAUGGUCACAGCCCUAUGUUCUACCCCCCGUGUGUGUGUAGAGUGGGGAAGCACGAAGACAGGCGAGCAGGAGGACAUGAUCAUGACAGCGUUGAACUGUGUGCUCCGGGUCCCACAGUACCUUCAUCAGGAGAGGAGGUUCGACAUCCGAGUACUGGUGAGCAUCAUCAUUAACCAAGUAUCACAUUGUAGCCAUGGCUUUGGUUAGAUGGUUUUCCAGGGCCCAUAUUUAUAAAGCGUCUCAGAGUAGGAGAUCUAGGAUCAGGUCUUUCCUGUCCAUGUAAUUGUAUUCAUUGUGAUCUGGAAGUUAAAACUGAUCCUAGAUCAACACUCAAUCUGAGACGCUUUAUGAUUUUUCUUGUUAUUUUUGUCCCCAGUUCUAUUACGUGUGCAUCUUAACCACUCUUUGUCAGGCAUCAUUAACAUUCCUCUGUAAGGAACUUACUCAAAUAUGUUUCAGCUCGACCUAGUUGAUAUAUGAGGUUCUAAGUGUAGGGGACUAUAUUGGAGUGUGUGUGUGUCCGUUUUGAGGCGUAAUUGUCGCUGUGUCCCAAAUGGCACCCUAUUCCCUUUAAAGUGCACUACUUUUGAUCUGGGCCAAUUAUAGGGAAUAGGGUGUCAUUUGGGACGCAACCUGUGUCUGCAGGGUCUGGGUCUUGAUGAUGGUACUCUAGGUGUGUAUGUGUGUAUAUAUAUAUAUAUAUAUAUAAAAGUCUGUGUAUGUCUCAAGUGUGAUGGUUCUCCAUGCAGGGUCUGGGUCUGCUGAUCAACCUGGUGGAGUACAGUGCCAGGAACUGCCACUGUCUGGUGGAGAUGGAGAUGGACGGAGGAGCUCCCUUCAACUCUGUCCUGGUGGCUGACAAAGAGGAGCUCAAGACGGAAGGAUCGCUCACCGCCAUCGCUGCCCUGGUGCAGGUGGGUUAGAAAGCAGAUGUGAUGUGUGUGAAAGGUGUGUGUGUUCAUAGGUCAGGUUGUAUAGAGACCUCGUACACUUCAGUGAGCAUUAUGCGAUCUCAUAGGCAUAGAUAUGGAUGAACGGAUUACAUGAAAGUGUAAACCUUUCUGACCGUAUGCGUUUGUGUCCUCAGCUCUUCCUCCAGCGGGAGCAAGCGGCCAUAGCGGCGGAGGCGGAGACGGAUGACUUCAUCAACGACGUGCCCAAACCCAAGCUGGACCAGAGCGGCGAGUGGCAGGAGUCUGGUGGCGAGAUCCAAUGGGUGGCCUCGGAGAACAACAACACCAACGCCAUCAGCGAGAAGGAGAAGGCCAAGAAGGAGGAGGAAAACGAGGAGCUAGACCUUACCAAAGGUGAUGACCUACCUUGUUAAAUAAAAGAACAAAGUUAACUAACUAACCAAGCCUAAUACACAGUUGAAGUCAGAAGUUUACAUACACUUAGGUUGGAGUCAUUAAAACUUGUUUUUAAACCACUCCAAAAAUUCUACUUUGUGCAUGACAAGUAAUUUUUCCAACAAUUGUUUACAGACAGAUUAUUUCACUUAUAAUUCACUGUAUCACAAUUCCAGUGGGUCAGAAGUUUACAUACACUAAGUUGACUGUUCCUAUAAACAGCUUGGAAAAUUACAGAAAAUGAUGUCAUGGCUUUAGAAGCUUCUGAUAGGCUAAUUGACAUCAAUUUGAGGUGUACCUGUGGAUGUAUUUCAAGGCCUACCUUCAAACUCAUUGCAUCUUUGCUUGACAUCAUGGGAAAAUCAAAAGAAAUCAGCGAAGACCUCAGAAAAAAAAUGGUAGACCUCCACAAGUCUGGUUCAUUCUUGGGAGCAAUUUCCAAACGCCUGAAGGUACCACGUUCAUCUGUACAAACAAUAGUACGCAAGUAUAAACACCUUGGGACCACUCAGCCGUCAUACCGCUCAGGAAGGAGACGCGUUCUGUCUCCUAGGGAGGGGGGAGGGGGGGGGUCCCUUGCAAGCCGAAGAACACCAUCCCAACCGUGAAGCACGGGGGUGGCAGCAUCAUGCUGUGGGGGUGAUUUGCUGCAGGAGGGACUGGUGCACUUCACAAAAUAGAUGGCAUCAUGAGGAAGGAAAAUUAUGUGGAUAUAUUGAAGCAACAUCUCAAGAUAUCAGUCAGGAAGUUAAAGCUUGGUCGCAAAUGGGUCUUCCAAAUGGACAAUGACCCAAAGCAUACUUCCAAAGUUGUGGCAAAAUGGCUUAAGAACAACAAAGUCAAGGUAUUGGAGUGGCCAUCACAAAGCCCUGACCUCAAUCCUGUAGAACAUUUGUGGGCAGAACUGAAAAAGCGUGUGCAAAUAAGGAGGCCUACAAACCUGACUCAGUUACACCAGCUCUGUCAGGAGGAAUGGGCCAGAAUUCACCCAAUUUAUUGUGGGAAACUUGUGGAAGGCUACCCAAAACGUUUGACCCAAGUUAAACAAUUUAAAGGCAAUGCUACCAAAUACUAAUUGAGUGUAUGUAAACUUCUGACCCACUGGGAAUGUGAUGAAAUAAAUAAAAGCUGAAAUAAAUCAUUCUCUCUACUAUUAUUCUGACAUUUCACAUUCUUAAAAUAAAGUGGUAAUCCUAACUGACCUAAGACAGGACAUUUUUACUAGGAUUAAAUGUCAGGAAUUGUGAAAAACUGAGUUUAAAUGUAUUUGGCUAAGGUGUAUGUAAACUUCCCACUUCAACUGUAAUAGACCCAUACUGAAAUUAGAUAACUCUGAAAAGAGAUUGAGUAGAAUCCAUGGUUGGAUUAUAAAUUAGGCAUUGCUGAAUUGUUUUUUGUAAUAAUAUUGGCCACUCACACUUUCUCAUUUGUCCCCCUGCAGCUCUUCAGCAUGCUGGGAAGCACAUGGAGGACAGCAUCGUGGCCUCCUACACUGCACUGCUACUGGGCUGUCUCUGCCAGGGGAGUCCGGUAAGGCCACACUCCUGACACACUAAGCACCAUGGCUUCUCUAUAUAAUCAAAUCUAACUUUAUAUCAAGUGCAUUUAAAAAUGGAAUGCAUUUUUCAGUAAGUCAUUCAAAUGAAGCAGAUAAAAAUAAUAUAAAAAAAACUGAAGGCAAUAAAAUAUGAAUAAAAGAUGCAAUGAAAAGUUGUCUGUAAUAACAGUUCUGUCAUUGAUCCCUCCUCGACAUAACACUGUCUAACCCUGAACUUAUUUAGGCCUUCAUGUUGAAGCAAUGGGACAAGGCCACAUUACAUAAUGGGCGACAUGGACCUAGUUUGGGAUUGUUCACUAGACACAGAUUUUAGGCUACAUUUUACGUUACAUUUUGGUCAUUUAGCAGACGCUCUUAUCUAGAGGUAGGUAAGGCUAAACAAUCCAUUGUGUACAGAUGCACUUGGCUAGUGCUGAGGUCACCCAUUAUGUAUAUGUUUCUGAAUAUGCUGUUCUUUUCCAAUGUGCCCAACGUAAACUUCAAAUACCCACAUCGUCAUUAAGACAAAUAGACUCGCCAGCGACGCCUCAUUCGAACAUCGGUAGUAAACAUCCGUCAUUUUAAAGCCUCUCAGGGACCGUCAAUGUUUUCCUUCAGAAUUGCGGUCUUAAAAGUUUCACGGCCGACUGUCGAGAGGAAAAUAAAAGCUGAGUUGAUUUUUAUUCCCGCUUUAAUGGCCUUUUCUCUUUUGAAGAUGUUAUUAGCGAUUCAAUGAUGCCUUGAGAGCUUAGUGCAUCUCUAGUAAUGGACUCUCUCACAGUCUCUCCCAAUGGGCCGUUAGGUUGUGAUUGAUGUCCCACGGUCAUUAUCUCUCUCUCUGAUAAACCUGUACCGAUCCCAGACUGUAGCUUUAAUCUACACAGGGCUCUGUUUUAACUCGCAAGGUCACACCUCAGACUUCUGUUUUGUCUUUAAAACAAAAUGGUUGUGGCCUGGCUGGUCUAGCGGUCUAAGCAGCUGCCUAUAACAUGCAGAACGCUUCCAGCAUGGAUUCGAAUCCGGCUCAUUGCUCUUGUAGCACUCUCUUCUACCUUAACUCUCUGUCCUCUCCAAUAAAACAAAAAAAUAUGUGGGGAGUAAGAUGCCCCACUCCUUGAAAAUAAAACCAAAAACUGUUUCACUUCACUAUAGGACUGGAUACAUUCCAAUUAAAUGAAUUUGGAAGUUUUAGCCUAAACUUGCCUGAAUACUGCUUUUAAGAGGAAACACCAGAGCAAUGGACGGCAGAGUGUACUUAAAAGCAGUGGACCGGCCGUCCUAGCGCCUCUGAACACAGAAGAUUGGCAAUCAUUUUAUUUUACCCGACAAUUCUACAUGGAUCACCACCAUUUGUUGACACCCAGCAUGUAAUCUACUGCACACUACCAACCUUUGUUUUGAUGGUUACGGUUACAGUGAUGGUUUGUUUUCCCUCUGAGAUGAUAUAGGAAUUCGUUUAUCACUAGAAUUACUGUUAUCUGACAUAACAUUAUGCAUCUGCCUGUUGUGGUUUAUUUCAUCAGAGAUUGGAAAUGUGAGUAGAACUAACAAAGGAUUCUGUGUUGAUUCAUUGUCUUCUCUUUCAGAUGAAUGUGACUAUUGUGAGAGAGAACCUGCCCAAAGGAGAUUUCUCAAUAAUGACAGAAAUGCUCAAGAAGUUCCUCAAUUUCAUGAAUCUUACAGUAAGUUCCUCGCACAUUAAAAUAUAAAAUGUCUGCCUACAAAUGUCUGCUUAAAGGUCUUUAUUGUGGUGGCCUCUUUCUGUCAUUGAGCUUGUACAGGCUAAUGAAUAAUAUCCCUGUCUGGUCCCUGUAGCCUUAUAUCUGAAUAGGGAUGUUGUGUGGAGAGUGUUUGUGUGGUAACUGACCUUUGCUCUCUCGCUCUUUCCCUCCCUCCCUCUCAUCCUCCCUCUCUCCACAGUGUGAUGUGGGCACCGCAGGGCAGAAGUCCAUCUCUCGGGUCAUUGACUAUCUGGAGCACUGUUAG